CUUGUAUCCUUCCCAGCCCCCUUUCCUCCAGCCACACAGUCUCCUUCAGAUAUUGUAGAGGCCCUUUAACCUUUGUGUGCUAAAGAGAUCUGUGGAGAUACAUUGUGUGGACUUUUUACAUAGUGACUGUGCACAGUGAUCGGAUAACAUGGUUGGGAUUCCGGGAUCCUUUCAGUGUAAGUUGAUUGCAACCCCUAAAAUUAAGCUUGCUUGCAUCCUCUUAUUGGGGAACUGGAGGCGAAGAUGCAUGCCGUUUACUUUUUUUUUUGCCUUCUGGGUUUUUAAGACAGAAACCAGGGGUACCCAUGCUUUGUUGUCUAUCUUUUGUAAGACUACAAUUCCCAAAAUGCACUGCUAGCAGUUGGUUGCUCAGUACUCAAGGGAAAUGUAGUCCAGCAACAACUGGAAGGCAAAGACUGGAGAGCCCUAUUAUUAACUUCCCUUCUCCGAGGGAAUAUAUGUCUUGUAUGACUUGGAAUCAAAAGAGUUGAGCUUUGCUGCUAAGAUGCACGAUUGUUUUUUUUGCUGUACUGCUUUGGGUCUGAAAGAGUAAAAGGGGUUACUUAGAAAAUUGCCUUAGUCUGUACAUAUUUCCUUUGAUUAGUUUAGUUGGCGGUUUGUGUAUUAACUCUUCCAUGCCUGGGGUUGGACUCUGCAUUUUGGUUUCUCUUGGAUAGUUAAGUGCCAUUUUGUGACAGGCAUAGCGAUUACUAACAGAGGUCUCUGGCAGCGUAUUGGUUAACUGGACAAGAGGACGUUUUAAUACAGGUGAUUUAAUACAGGGGUUAAUCUACGGAAAGAUCUUCGCUCAUUGGAAGAUUGAAUUAUGGUGAUAAAAGGGAGUUUUAGGGAACUAAGUUAGUUGAUGGAGAGAAUAUUGACGUUGAUGCAGAGGUUAACCCAUUAUGGUGUUUGAAGCAGUAACAUGGACUGACAUUAUUCCAGGGAAGUGACUUUCAUACCUAGUGAGUUUUCUAUAGUGAUAAAACAUGAUGGAGCAUUUGUUGUGAAUGAUGAGACACCCUGCAGGGAUUGCCAGUAAUAACAGGGUUAAACAGUGCAAGAGCACCUAUCCUUGGCUGGUUUGGAGAGAACCGUGGCUGCUGGCAGUGGUGGGGUUACUCAGUUGAAGACUUGUUGGAUGUAGAAUUUUUUUUCUUCAGGUUUAGAAAUAGAUCCUUUGCUUUUGUAGCUCUAUAUUUAUUGUAUUGUCUGGUCUUUUAUUCAUGUCAACAAAAUGUUUUAGUUUAAUGCAUCCCCACCAUAUUUCCAUGAUGGCUCUCCAGGGCACUCCAGCGGUUGUGGCAUAAGAUCCCCUAUUCCAGUUAUUGGUCGGUCAGCAUAAGGUGUUACUAUAGUCCAGGAUUAGGCAACCUUUGGCACUCCAGGUGUUGUGGACUACAUCCCCCACCCCCAUGCUUUGCCAGCAUUAUGGCCGUGAAAGUAUUAUGGGAGAUGUCGUCGUGUAUUAUGGGUGCUGUAGUCCACAACAUCUGGAAUGCCGAAGGUUGCCCACUCUUGUCAUUGCCCCUUGCAGAUGGAGUGCCAAAAGGUCACAAAUCACUGUUAUAAGGACUUGUGCGCUACUUAGAAAUAAUCCCACUGUUUCUAAUAAUUACUAUGAUGCCUUCGGUUUUAUUACUGUUUUAGCAUUUCUACAUAGGCUUUAUACAUGAAAACAAACAGGGCCCAUAUCGUGACUUUUCUUCUACCAUUGCAUUUUUCCAUUAGUGCAGGUUACACCGGAUACACGAUGGAAGGGUGCAAUAAAUUUUAUCUUUAAAAAAAAAAAUCAGUUUUUCAGGCUAAAUUCUCACAUCACCUGCAACAAUUUUUUUUUUUCAACAAUUACCGUAGAUCUAUUUUGUACUUUGAUGCAGAUGACACCCUGGCAUCCAGUAGAGACAGAAGGUUGUGUGGGGGUGGUGGAAUUAAUGAAAGUGUUGUGAUCUUAAAAGUUUUGCAAAGUUACUAAAGUGGAGUGAUCACUAAUAGAAUCUCUUAUGGUAACUACACCUCUUUGCAGAUCACAACACUUUGAUAAACCCCCCCUCCCCUCUCCACUGUUUAAAAAUCGCAGUGCUUUUCUCCUCUAGACUCUUUUAUAUCUAACCCCCACUGUGGGCAGUAUAACCAACAUGGGUAAGUGAUUUCAUUAACCCGUUCAAUACUAGAAGGUUUUAUAGCUAUUGCAAUGUCUUAACACAGACACAAUCGGCCAACGUUGCAUCAGUGGACUUUCUUGCUCCAAUGUCCUUCAGGGUCAAUGCUCUGGAAUAUGGGUGGUGGGUCUAUAAAUACACAAGUAUGCGCAUUCCGUAAGGAUGACAUAUGGACGAUUAACCCUGGUUGUGUUGACGUUAGUUAUGUCAAGUGUCAAUAAGCACCUGCUACUCUGUUAGUGCUAAAUGUAUUGGAAUUAUUGUGACUGCUAUAAAAUAUUCUGGGCAAUUGGAGUGGUAGAAAAUAAUUAUAGCUCCCACUUGCCUAAUUAUUUUGCUUUAAUUUCUGAAAGAAUACAUUGAUAGACUGAAUUCUCAGUUCAGCAACUAAAGACUCUUCUGAUUAUGCAACCCAAUAUCCUCCUAAAAUCUGAUUAAAUUCUGAAUUCAACUCAUGUGUUGAGUUUUUUUAUGUUUAUUUUAUGUGGGGUUUUUUGCUGAAAAAUACUGUUUCCGAAAAGUGGAGCUAGAAAAAAUUAAGGAACUUACACCGCCCAGUUUUUCUAUUGUAAACAUAGCUUUCAGUAUGGCUGCAGCUUUGAAGCUUAUUUAUCAUCUAACAUUUUUUAUUAUUUUUUAUUUGUUGACCGGCAAUAGUACGAGAGUCAGUCAAAAAUUAUCCGCACUCUGGUUAGAAAAAAAACUUUGGUUAGCUGCACUUAUCUAGUUUAUCUGUUGAAUGUCACUGUCUCUCCAGUUACUGCUGUGCAGGUGGGAAUGUGUUUCGUCAUUUCAUUUGUAAGUGGGAUAAAAAAUGGCUGACCCACUUGUGAUUUGCACACAAAAAAGAGCAGCGUGCAAUUAUGUUUUUUUUGUGGUCUGAGGGUGUUCCUGGUGCCGAUAUUUAUCGAAGACUUUGUGCGCAGAAUGGAGAAAGUGUUUUGUCACGAAGUGUGUGUGUGUGUGUAUGAAUAGAUAGAGAAGUUCAAGGAAGGUCGCACAAGUGUCAGCCAUGAAGAAGGAGCUGGACGCCCGUCCACGUCCAUAACUGAUGACUAUUGAGCGUGCACAUGGAAUGAUUCUGUAGAAUAGACGAGUGACAGUGGAUGAUGUAGCAAAUCAUUUGCAAAUUAGCCAUUGCUUUGUCUAUGAAAUAAUCCACAACAAACUUGGGUUUAGAAAAGUUUUUUGCGAGAUGGGUACCAAAACAUCUCACGUAAGAACAUAAACAGAAGCGUUUGGACAUCUGCAAACUAAAUUUGGACUGAUACUCGAAGGAAGGUGAAAGCUUUUCAAAAAGAAUCAAUAUUGAUAAUGAGACCUGUAUUUAUCAAUACGAGUCUGAGAGUAAACGGCAGAGUACAGAAUGGAAACCUCAUCAAUCGCGACCAGGAAAAAGUUCAAAAGUCAACCAUCAGCUGAAAAAUUGAUGCCUACAGUUUUCUGGGAUUCUCAAGGGCCAGUAUUGGAACACUGUUAGGAAAAAGGUUCAACAAUAAACAGUGCUUGUUACAGUGAGAUGUUCACUGAAGGGCACCUCUGCCCACACUGUGCAAAAACUUUGUUUUAAGGUGUUAAAGUAUCCUCCCUUUAGUGCUGAUCUUGCUUCAUUGAAAUUUCACCUGUUCGGUAGCCUGAAAGCAGGCCUACAAGCACGAAGAUUCACCACUGAUGAAGAAGUGAAGACAUCAGUGCAUUCGUGGCUCUCUCUGCUCAGCCCAAAACAUUUUUUAAUGAGGGAAUAUGAAAGCUUGUUGACAGAUGGACAAAGUGUAUUGAAAAGGAGAUUAGGUUGAAAAAUGAUGUAUUUGUCUUUUCUAAAAGUUGUCUAAACUAAAUUCUACAGCCAGAGUGCAGAUAUUUUUUGACUCACCCUGAUAUAUCAUAGUGACAUAAAAAUGUCAAUAUGUAACAAAAUCAGAUUUUUGUCUUUUUGGUUACACUGUCUAUCAUCAUUAUAAGAAUAAUCAACAUUAAAGAAAAUUAUAUAACGGAAACUAAGAUAAGUUUCACAGAAAUAAAAUAAGGACAUUUCUGCCAGCUUGGGUGUCCAUGAGCGCACACCCAAGCACUCCCACGCUUGACACCCAUUCUCCUUGUGUUUCUGGUAUUUCCCCCCUAUUGGUUCUUGUAUACCUCCCAUGGUUCCCAAGUAUUGUAGAAUUUAGGUGAGUUGUUUUGGGAAUGCGCUUUUUAAUUUAUCCAUGGGGUACAUCUUUAACUUUAGCUACCAUCUGUGCAAUGUUUUAAGUAUCGCUCUUUAAAGGACCACUAUAGGCACCCAGACCACUUCAGCUUAAUGAAGUCGUCUGGGUGCCAGGUCCAGCUAGGGUUAUCCCUUUUUUCUAUAAACAUAGCAGUUUCAGAGAAACUGCUAUGUUUACAAAUGGGUUAAUCCAGCCUCUAGUGGCUGUGUUAUUGACAGCCGCUAGAGGCGCUUGUGUGCUUCUCACUGUGAUUUUCACAGUGAGAAGACACCAGCGUCCAUAGGAAAGCAUUGUGAAUGAGACUGGAUGAGACUGGCUGAAUGCGCGUGCGGCUCUUGGAGAAAGAGGUAAGUUUAACCCCUUCCUCACCCUAGAGCCCGGCGGGGGGGGGCACCCUCAGGGCACUAUAGUGCCAGGAAAACAAGUAUGUUUUCCUGGCACUAUAGUGGUCCUUUAACAACAUUUGAGCCAUGGCACUAUAUGUUGCCAAACUGACUAUAUGAAAGAGCGUUUGUUCUCUUUUGACAACACCUUCUAUGGGUUUAGAUAGUAGAAAACUCCAGGGAGGUCAUUUAAAAUAUAUAUUGAGAACAUUGGAUACGAAUGAUCAAACGUCCUUCCAAAAGGCUUGUGCUUCAGUGCAUGCCCACAAAAUAUGUACCUUGUUCCCCACACAAUCUCCAGUAUGUAUCUGAGGUGGUCUUUCCAUUACAACCCAACAGGGAUCAUGUACCAGCUGAAAAUUGUUCAUCGUCUAAAGGUGUAAUAAAUAAAUGAUAUUGCCAAAUAGAAACCCAGCAGGCAAAAACUCUGUUCACAUAGGCUUGGCUUGACUCCUCUACCUCUUGGACUCUGGCGCGCUUGAUGCUCCCCCUACAGAGCGCGCAGAAUUAUGGUACAUUUAGGUUAGGUUUUUUUAAAAAUUAUAAUUCUAUUUAUUUGUGUAAAUAUUUCAAAUGUAUAUGAGUAGUGUUUGCCUCUCAAGAACACUGUAUUAUUUUUUUCUUUAAAAAAAACUUUAUUUAAAAUAAUAUUUUGCACAAACAUUGAAAAACACUGGACUAGAUUAGAGUGGAGUGUCUUUUUGGUCUGUCUGCUUUAAAUCUUGCAGUUGGAGCCUCCCUGCCGGGUAUUAGUCAGAUAUGUUAUGGUGUGUUAGACUCCACAGAGCCAGCCAGUCUCCCAGACCAGCUGUUACAGAUUACAUUCUUAGGCUAUUGAUUAGAUGUUGGUCUUGACACAGACAUAUUUGUUUAAUCAAUCCAGUACUGGAUUUAUGGCACACAAAUUUCAGUCCAUCAAGGCAGAGAGUCAGGAGUCUAAGUCUGUUACUUCACUGCUGAAACAAUUUGCUUAAAAAUAAUUUUAAAAAAGUUAGAAACAUUUUUAUGGUAUAAAAACACGACUCCAUUACACUGUAUGUAAAAUCCUCUAUUUUGAGACAUUCACAAGGAAACCUGGACAGCCACAAUGUUUUCUGAUUUUACCACAAUUACUAAUGUAACUAAUUUGCUGGCCUAAUAUUGGUUUUAUAAAGACUGCAGAUAACUUCUCCUUGUGUGUACGAGUUAAAUAUUUUAAAAGGUGGAAUUUUUUUGGUCUGGCUUAAACAGAAAUAUGUUUCCAUUUCAAGUGUCAAAUCUGCUGGGAAAUGGAGGGGUAUUAUAGAAGAGUCAUAUAUAUAUUUUUUUUAAUAUCUGUGGAACUUAUUGUAGAUCCACUUACUUUGACAAUGUUGCUACAUGGCUUUAAAUUUUUUUUAUUUUUUUUUUUAAAGGAAAUGUUUAAAGGACCACUAUAGGCACCCAGACUACUUCAGCUUAAUGAAGUGGUCUGGGUGCCAGGUCCAUCUAGGGUUAACCCUGCCUGUUGUAAACAUACAUAUGGGUUAAUCCAGCCUCUAGUGGCUGUCUCAUUGACAGCCGCUAGAGGCGCUUCUCACUGUGAUUUUCACAGUGAGAAGACGCCAGCGUCCAUAGGAAAGCAUUGAGAAUGCUUUCCUAUGGACGGACUGACUGCGCACACAACUCUUGCUGCGCAUGCGCAUUCCGCCGAUGACUACCGAAGGAGGAGGAGACUCCCCAGCGCCGAGGGAGCCCGGCGCUGGAGAAUGGUAAGUGAUUUAACCCCUUCCCCCCAUUCAGCCCGGCAGGAGGGGGGCCAUGAGGGUGGGAGGGUGGGGGGGAGGGGGGUGUAUUAAUACUAUAGUGCCAGGAAAACAAGUUUGUUUUCCUGGCACUAUAGUGGUCCUUUAACAUCAGGGAUGCCCAAAAGGUAGAUCCAGAGAUGUUGCUGAACUACAACUCCCAUGAUGCACUGCAUGCCUUUGCAUGUCUUUAGAAUGACAAAUCAUCAAAGAAGUUGUAGUUUUCAAACAUCUGGGAAUCUACUUUUUGGGCCCCAUGGUCUACAUAGUAAACUGUGAAAGAGCCAGUUAAAGAAAUUGGGGACUUGUAAUCUAUAUGCCCCCUUGAAUGUGUAAAGUAAUAGAAAAUCCACUUCAGUGAGAGCACUUCGGUCCAAGAAAUACCCCUAUAAAGAUGCUUGCUUGCAAAAAUCCCAAGUUGACAACUAUUUUUGUUUGUGAUUCAAGACCAUUUUUUGGCACCCUUGGCAUCAUUGGGCUUAGGAGAGAAUUGGUGAAAUUAGUAAACAAUAAAUAAAUAUAUAUAUAUAUUAAAAAUUAUAUUUUGUUGAUAAUAUUAAUAAAACAAAUUAACAAACACAAAACUGACUAUCUUAAUACUGGUAAUCAACUAAUCAGCAUUUUUUAUUUACAAGCAAAAAGAAAUAAAACAAUGCAAUCUAAACAAGUUAAAUAUAAAUAAUUACAUUUUUAACCUUCAAAACAAGCUACUUUGCACUGUACAUUUUUACCAUUAAUAGUUGUGGUUACCGCCAAUAUAUUAAUAUCAACAAGAUGAUAUUUUGGAGGUACAGGGGUGGGGGUUGUUUUUGCAUGUGUAUGUCUAAAUCGUGGUAUAUUGUUAGAAGAGUGAAAACAUUUGCUUUCUUAAUUUAUGUUGCUGCAACACUUUCCCUGGGUUUUGUACACCUAGAUAAUCUUUUUUUAUAUGUUGGCCAUUUUAAUCAUUUUAUGUACACUGCAGUGUUGUUUGACAGGAAAGUAAUUAAAGGAAAAAACCAAAGUCUGGUGAAGCCCUUCAGCACUGUGUCACCUUAUGAUGCACUCUUGGAGAGAACACGGCCCCUGGGCGUGUGACAGCAGCCAGGUGUGCAGUGUGAAUAAACAGGUGUGUUCCAACUAUGUCACACCAGGGGUUCCAUCUACCCCAGGUCACCAGGUGCAGAGGUCUCUUUGUUACUGGAUGCUAGAUGAUGCUCCUGGGGUCAAUAACUUUUUCAGAAUCAGAGAAUCAGCCCACUAAUCAUUUUAGGCAAUAAUAGCACAUAAUGGGUCUGCUGACUAUGCCUAUCUGUCAUCACAAGUCUCCUGUCUUUCCAGAGCCACCUAUAUCCAGGUAGUAUACUACAAAAAACAGUUCUGUUUUGUGCUACACCGGAUUAAUUAUCUUCUGGGGAUAAAACUGUAAAAAUAUUAGUUUAAGGAAGGCAAAUCUAAAAAGCCUAAAGGUUGACAAAGUGUCAUGGGAGUUGUAGUCCUACACACCUACCCAAAAUCAGUGUUUGCUGAAACAAUAGAGGCUCCCAAUUGUCUAGGUUGAUGCAGCACUCCAUUGGAAAAGGACUGGUUAUUUUUAACUGUUGGGGCAUAAAGACUGAUUUGAGACUUGUCGAAUAAAAUCCAUUUAUGAAAAUAAGCACCUCCUGCAUUUAUGAGAGGUGGGAUGUAUGCUAACCAACUAUAACGAAAAAAACAACAACAACAUAUUUAUAAGUACGCUGAUUGUAAAAAAUCGAUGAUGACCUUUUUAUUUAUUCAUAUUUUGAUCACUCAAAGUAUAACUGCGGACGAUGAAUAAUAGUUUACUGCAAAAAGCAAAAUGUCACUCACAAAAAAUAGCAAUCACAUUGCCGUGCAUUUGAAUUGUAAGUUCAGCAAACAUGUUAAAAUAGUAUACAUUUAUUUCUAAAUAUUUUUGAUAUGUUCUAACAAUUCUUAUUUAAUUUAAACAAGAAGUACUAGUGCUAAAUAAAGAAAAAAAUAAAUAUAUAUUUAUACAUAUAGUUUUUUUUUUUAAUCCAAUGAAAUUGUGCUUCGUCGUUUAGAAUAUUUUUUAAAAAUCUAAUAUUCACAUUUGUUCCCACGAAAUGAGCAGAUUGAAUUAGCAUGUGUCUAUAAUUAAGUACACAUUUCUCUGUAAUGUGUUGCAGAUGCCCUCUGGUUAAAAAAAAAUAAAAAAAUAAAUAAAAAUUGAACAGAACAGGAGUAUUUAAUAAGGAGCAAGGUAUAUUUUAAGCAGAUGUUGGGAUUCUGGAAAGAAAGCCAACCUUAUAUUUAUAUGUUAACAGCCCACUCAGCUGGGUGACAAAACAUUUUCCCUCUUGGCGUAAGCAAGCUUUUGUUUAGCUAAUGCCCUCCCAGAGGCCUUUGCAGCAUAGCUGCCUAUUAGCUGACUUACGGAUGUGGUCGCUACACACAAUGAAGAUCCGCAGUGCUAAGAUUUUUGCUGCAAACAAUACUGUGGCUUUGUAAUGGCUACACCAUUUGCUUAAUUUUACUUCCUGCAUAGGCAAUUUUUUCGCUUUUUUUAUUCUGUACAAAGAGCUCUCAAAUAAUACAAGUAAUUUUACCUUUCCCUGAAAAGAGAAGUUCCCAUUUAAUCAUAAAACGAAAUUGACAAAUUUUAUAUAGGGCAAUCAAAGUUCAGGAAAUAAAAAACAAAAACAAGGUUUGGUAGUGCUUAAUAUUACAUGGUUUUAAAAUACAUGUAAAUAUGAUUUAUAGAACAGUAAAGAAAAAAUCCAAUAUUACAUUUUUUUUGUGUACUGCUGUGAGAUGUAAUUUGGUUUCAUGUUUUGUUUUGUCAAGACGUAACUCAUGCAGACGAGAAUAGCUGAAUUGGAAAUAAUUUCCAAUUCAGAUAUAUUUGUAACGGAACUAUUUCGGUUGAAAUUCUGCAGUUCCUGGCAAAUUUCUUACAAUGCCCAAGUUAGUUAAAGGGUUACUCCAAGCACUUCAGUGAUUUCAAGUGGUCAUGGUGCCUAGGUUCUGUAUGUACAAUGUUUAACUCCACCACUGGGAGCACCAUUGUGUGUGUCAUCGGCCUUCCUGAAUUAAGAGUUCUGGGCUGGCUAAUGUCAGUUCUGAUGUGCAGCGUGCUAUUCAUUGGCAGACAGGGAUCAGUCGGUUCUCUCAGCCAAUGAAUGGCUGCAGAAGGCAGAAGCACGUCAACCAUAGGGACUGACACCUUGGAGUCUGGUGGAGACGCAGGUAAGGAGGCCAACUGUUACUAAAUGGUACUUUUGGCAUCAUAACUACUACAGUUGCCUGUAGUGGUUUUGGUGCCUGGAGUAAUCCUUUCAUAACCAGUCUUUUGUUUCUUUCUUUUUGUGGGUUGUAAAAUUAAAUAAAUUAAAUGACUAUCAACUGAAUAUUAACUGGUCUGGCCGUUGCAAGGCACACAGGUAUUUCAUAUUAUAAGGGUAAUGUCUGCAUGUAAUACAUAAUUGCAUGUCAGUAUACGAUAUUCAAUAAAUUGUAUUGAAUAAUCUUAUUUUAUAACCUAUUAUGAAUUCUUCAUUUAUAAAGCUAAGACCUAACAUUAGCACCACAAAAAGUGCGGCGAGCAAUAUAUUUAACCAGCUAUUUUUUAGUAAAAUCAAACAUCAUGUGGAACGCUACCCUGGAACGCCUUUGCAAUGUCAACAUUUAGUAGACUCUGGCGUCUUUCAUACAUUCUGUACGUGGCUAUUUAUAUAACAACAUAUAACACUGAACGCAGGAGUAUGAAUAUAGUGUGUCUGCAGAAUCUACAAUUUCUGCAGAGAUGCUUACACGUGUAUAUAUAGUUUUGCAUAGUGUGUAAACAUAGGAUGUGCGUUUAUGAAAUGCAAUUUUGAAGCUAGCUUGCAAAAAUGGAGCAAAGGAGAAAAUGGAGCUAGAAGAUUUAAGUGGUCUCCAUGGUGAUUGCAUCAUUCUUAGAAUUUCGCCCCAGAAGACACGGAGGUAGCCGCUUUUUCUUUUUUCAGCUGCAGAUCUUUUUAUUUUUUUUUCCGUCCUUAACCAGAGGCCUGGAUGAGAGUGUUGAUACAUUUCAGCCAAGAGAAGUUGGCUGCUGUAGACACACGGUAAUGCUUUCUUUCAACGUGAUGCUGUGGAUACAAGAAUCGUGUUAUACAACAGAGCGAGCUAGAAAGGCCCUCUCCAGGGAUUGCUGUGCUUCGUACAUUGCUUGCCGGAUGCUAGAUAUGUUUUGAAUUAUCAACUAACGUAUAGCUGUGAUUAUCUACGCUUAUGCUCUAAGAGUUAUAGAGCUGCUUACCUGAUUCUCUGCAUCAUUGUCACCUGAGUCAUUGUUCUUAUUCCUGAUCUAGACUCCGAGGUAGGUUUGCCACCUUCCUUGCAAAAAACAAAUAACCAUCCAUGCUCAUUUGCAUAAUUAAUAACGAGUGACAUCACAAAAUAUCACUUGAUGUUCUGUAACAUCACAGGUAGUGACAUAAGAGAAAACAAAGAUUGGAAAUGGAAAAUUAUCUAAAUCACUAAAAAAAACAUUUACUAUGUGUGUACUAUGUCUGACCAUGUGUGUAGCAUUGUGUAUGUGUAACAGUGUGAAUGUAUACCUUUUCUGAGUGUGUGUGUGUUUGUAGAGUGUGUAUAGUGUUGUAUGUCAGUGUGCAUAUACUCUCUGAAUGCGUGUGUAUGUCAGUGUGACUAUACUGUGUUUGCAUUUGUGUGUACAGCAGUAUGUUAUGAAGUGUAUACUUUGCAUAUAGCAGUGGAUAUUCUGGCACUAUUUCUCUCACCUCUCUCCUAGAGUCUAGUCAGAGAAAACUGCGGGUCUCUGCAUUACAGUUGGCAAUCCUGUGCAUUACAGUUGGCAACCCUACAGUCCCAGAUAGAAGUGCCUUGGUAUUCCUAAUUUCUGUCUGCAGGAAUCUAAUAAUAUUCUUGUUUUAGCCUUGCUGAAGGCAAUAAUUCUUAAAUAAACUUAACCUUAAUGGCUGGUCAGCAGCCUAGAUUCAUUUGGCUAAGCUGCAGAAGCCGUAGCCUAAAAAAAAAAAAAAGUGGGACACUACAUAAUUCAUUAUUCUUGGUUAUUCCAAGGAGAAAUGUGGUAAUCACCGUUCUGCACUAGAAUCACGCAGAAAGUGAAGGUGUCAAAUGUCAGUCAAAGAUUAUAUGACUGCACCAGGAAGGUCCUCUGGUGGUUGUCUGAGUGACAGCCACUAGAGGUGGCCCUAAGAAACAGUAUAAAAUAAAUACUGUUUUUUUUUUUUCUUUUUUCAGAAAAGGUAGUGUUUACACUGCUAAAAUUGCAGGGACAGUCUCUUUGUACCAACAUCACUACAUUAAGCUAUAGUGGAACUGGUGCCAGGAGAGAGAUCCUUUAAGACACAGUCAGAAACCAGAACAGAUUGAUGUUUUUCUUUGUUGUUUUUUUUUUUUUAGCAGUAGUAAUUUUUUUUUUCUGUUAACUACAUGAAAAAUGCAAGAUCGAUGAUUAUUUGUGUGUAUCCUGUUUUUGCAAGAUACGAUACAUAAAAAUAUACAGGGAUAUUCAUUAGAUCAUUAAUUAAGUAAAUUCACAUUUUACACCAAAAUAGCAAGACAAUUUAGAAAAUCUCCUGUCAAUUCCGUACAGUUCACAUUUGACUGAAUUUAGUGUUGACAUCAAAACUGCAAAUGUAAAGGGAAAAUGGAAAAAAAAAGAAAAUUGAUGGCAUGUUUUUUAUUUAAUUUUUUUUCAAUGAUUUUGCAAAAAUGAACCUUGAAUACCAAAAAUCCAUUGUCUGUGGGGAGAUUUAAUAUAGCGAAUUAAUUAAAAAGUGAUGCUAAUUCUGGAAGUGGACCAAUCACCAGUAGAUUGUGCCUGCUGGUUUUACCGGCUACCAUGGUGUUUGCUUCACUUCUAGAACAUUGCACCACCUUUUAGAUCACUGAUACAUCUUUCUUAGUGUGUGUAUUAUACAGCCAGACUCCUUGUCUUGAUGCAUUCCUAUGGUCUAUAAACAGAAUGUGUAUACAUGCAAAGACAAAAUAUCCAGGACACCCUGAACAUGCCUUUCCUCAGCCCCAAGGCGGUAUAGUAAUGACAUGUUGUAUUACUGAGGUGGGUGGCUGAUUUCCUUUUGAAAUGAAUAGCUCUGGGCUGCACAAUCUCCAUCAGACAUCCUGGAGCCGGAGGCUGGGCCUGUGGAAUGCGGCAAAACCUCACACUUCACUCCAGCUUUUUCUGGGAGGUCCAACAGUAUCUUUCCAAUACAGGACCACUGGGAGAUGGACCCUGGCUUUAGAUCAAUCCUAGAUUAUAAUUUUUAUGUGUAUUUAUAUCUUAAUCGGUUGUUCUAGCACAAGCAUUUUGUUCUGAAAGGGAAAAGGUUUUUUUGUUUGUUUUAUUUAAUUUUAUUUUAACCAGAAAAAAGAAGCCGUCCUUUUUUUUUUUUUAGUCAAAAGUGUGUUUUUAUAGCUCAAUUUCUUUUCCUAUUGUUAAUUUAAAAUUUUGUUAGAAAAAAUAUUUACUCCAACUAAGGGGUUUAUUUUGGGCUAGAUUUUUUAAGUUAGCGUCAAUGAAGCACACUUCAAUGAUAACUAAAUAAGUGUUAGUACUUAUUUUUAUUAUUAUUAUUUAUAUAGCGCCAGCAGAAUUCCGUAGCGCUGUACAAUGGAUGGACUAACAGACACAUAAUUGUAACCAGACAAAUGGACACACAGGAACAGAAGGGUUGAGGGCCCUACUUAAAUUGUGUGGGAAAACUCCCUUCAAAAGGUUAGAUGCCAUGAAAUAUUUAAAUAGAGCUUUCUUGUAAUUUGGCUGGAAGAGUGUCAUGAAAGUUGUACUUCAUUUUAGAAAGCAGCAUUUGAAAAAAACAAUUAUAUUUUUUUUACCUAUUGGUAAAAGAAAAAUCUGCUGCUUUCUUCCUAUAAAUAGGUAGCUAUAGAAAUAGUCUCCUCUUGCCCCAGCCUCUGCAUCUUGCAAUGAAAAAUUUAAAAUCUCUCUUCUUCUCUCUAAUUUACUAGCCCCAGUGCAUUAUCACUGUCUAACAAUGUCUUGACAAUGAUGGAUCGUUGGAGCAGGCACACAACUUGCAAUUAGUAAAUGUGAUGGGAAUUGAAUUGUAGCAAAGAGGUUUAUUCACUAAACACCAUAUCGUGGUGACUUUGAAACUAACUUGAAAUAUUUAUUCCAGAAGAAGAAAAUUCUCAAACUCGCCAUAGUCACAGUUUGGCUCUUUUAGCCUAAAUUUAGUUUUUAAUGCACUAUAAUAAAUAGUAAAUAAACCCCAUUGAUUAAGCAAUGAAAUCAGUCAACCCUUCUAUUAUUAUCAUAAAGAGUGCUAAACGGUAAAUUAAAAAAAAAAAAAAAAAAGGUUGCACAAAAGUAGUGAAAGUUGCAUUGUGGCAGGGUUUACACCUGUUUUGUGCAUAGACAUAAAAAAAAUAGAAUGUGAUGGCAGAUAAUAACCAUUCGGCCCAUCUAGUCUGCCCAAUUUUCUAAAUACUUUCAUUAGUCCCUGGCCUUAUCUUACAGUUAGGAUAGCCCUAUGCCUAUCCCACGCAUGCUUAAACUCCUUUACUGUGCUAACCUCUACAACUUCAGCUGGAAGGCUAUUCCAUGCAUCCACUACCCUCUCAGUAAAGUAAUACUUCCUGAUAUUAUUUUUAAACCUUUGUCCCUCUAAUUUAAGACUGUCCUCUUGUUGUGGUAUUUUUUUCUUCUUUUAACUGCCCCCCUAACUGCCCAUAUUGGAGUUCCGGUUGAAAAGUAUUGGUAUAGAAUAUUUGAUGUAUAUUUAGAUUAUUUGUCUAGAUCUAAUAUCCAAUCAUUGGUGAGCCUUCGCCAUUGCUUGGGAUCGAGCCAUAAAUGUGGACUUUAUUUAAAAGGGACACUACAGUCACCAAAACAAUGUAAUGCUUAAUGAAGGAGUUUUGGUGCAUAAAUCAUGCCACUGUUGCCUCACUGCUCAAUCCUCUGCCAUUUAGGAGCUAAAUCACUUUGUUUAUGCAGCCCUAGCUACACUUCCCAGCACAUGACUUACACAGCCUGCCUAAACACUUGUAAAGAAACAUCUAAUGUUUAUACUUCCUUUAUUAAAAAUUAUGUUUACUUUAGAAAUUCUUAUCUCCUGCACUGUUAAUAGCUUGAUAGACCUUGCAGGAGAAUCCUGUAUGUCAUUAUAAUGUGAAUUUACAGAGCAGAUAAAAUCUUUGAAAGUAAGUUAAGAUCUGGUUGAAAAUUAAACCAUUUUGUUUUCCUGCAGGCCCUUUCAGUCACAGCCAGGGGAGGUGGGGCUAGGGCUGCAUAGACAGAAACAAAAGUGAUUUAACUCCUAAAUGGCAGAGAAUUAAGCAGUGAGACUUCAGAGGCAUGAUCUAUACACAAAUAGAACUUCAUUAAGCUAAAGUUGUUUUCGUGACUAUAGUGUUGCUUUAAUUGAACAUGGCUAGACUGGACUUAAGUUCAAGUUACGAACCUGCCAGAUGCAUUUGCAAACUACCCUAGUUUUUGUUUACUAGCCAAGAUUGCAUACAUUCUGAGGGAUUUAAAUAAAUGGCAGCAUAAGUAUUGGGCAACUGCUGGGUUAAAUAUACCAUUCUAUAUUAUUUACUACAUCCAGGAGACUGCUUUGAAUUGGGCUUGAGGUCGGAUUACAUCUGUUCUUCUUUUGCCACGUACUAUACUUACUAAAAGCAGCUAUUCAUGGGAAAAAAGAGUUUGUCACCAAAAUGUUUAACUGUGCAGGGAGCUCAUGGGGGUUUUAUUAAAUUGGCCAAAAUUGUUGCCAGCCUGUGUCUCUACUAUCGUGCCUCUAGUUUAUUAGAUUUUUAUCAUCCACCGUCCACUCCAGAGAAACGUGCAAGUUUUAGUUUAUCUUCAGCUCUACGAUAACUGAGUUGACUACCCAAGAUCCAAAUCUGCUGAAAUCUCAUUGGCAUUAUUAAAGGGACACUCCAGUCAUUUAAGGUUCUAAACAUGCCUAUUGUACGUUUUUAUGUAUUUUCCAUGAACCAUUUCUGCAUCUUUUGUUCCUCAAACUGUGGAUGACUUCAAGGGACAAUAUCGUCACCAGAACCACUGCAGCUUAAUGUAGUGGACCUGGUGCCUAUAGCAUGUCCCUUCAGAAAAAGGGCAGUGUUUACAUUGCUGGCUAGUAAAACCUCUGUAUGUCACUUAGCUGGCCACUAGAGGUGUUUCCUAGUCCAAUGCUACACAGUAUGCAGCAUCUACAUUUAUCAUCUCUACACCUUGCAUGGAGACUCUGAACGCUCCCUGUGUUAGACUGUGCAUGCGCAGCAGCCUCCCAAUACUUUCCUGUGGGAAAGCAUUAGAUUGGCUGAGAUCAUCAAGAUGAUGAUGGGGGGAGCCGUGGCAAGACUGAUGUGGAGAGGGAGUAAAGGUAUUUUUAAGUACUUUAUUUCUCCACAGAGAGGGGGGCUGAGGAUAUUAAAAGAUAGUCCAACACUAUUGUGUUAGGAAUACAUGUUUGCAUUUGUAACAUAGUGUUCCUUUAAACUGCCAUCUGUAGGAUUACCUUUCAGUUAUUAUGGUAUAGCAGUUUAAAAAAAACAAAACACGUUAAUGGUUAUGGUACAGCAUGCUCCAGGUGCCACUAUGUGUCAAUUUGUAUUAGAAUGGAUUGACACAAAUCAAGGUUUCCCCAGGAGCAAGUAGCAUGUGCAUUGGUCAUCAUAUUACUAUGUACUGUAGAAGUAACAUUCCUUCAUUAGCAAGCUCACUUUGAUUCAGAGAUUUAACUGACAUCCUCAGCCAGUUUUGCCGUCCAAACGUGGACAAAAUUGAUAUUGCUAAUGCAGUGUAACUUCCUAAGUGGCAGAGAGGACUAGACCAUAGGGACUCGGGGGACCUUGACUUGUGCCAAAUGGCUUGGGGGGUGGCACUGAGAACGUGCUUGCACCAUAACUACUGCAGCAGGAUUUAUUGAUUAUGGUUAAGUUGACAUAUUUAUACUCUAAAACCCUGUCUAGGUUUGGACCCAUUAUUUUUCUGUUCCUCAGCUCAAUCUCACUGAACGAUGAGUUGUGUCUGGUUGAUCACCAGCUUACAAAACUGAAGCCUGGCAACUUGAAAAAUAGCCACCAUUGCCUCCAAUCAGACAUGUGUUGAACUACUGUAGAAAAAAAAAAGCUUUGAGAUACCUACAGCUUUAUACCUGGUGUCUGACUCUUGUACCUGACUCGGACACAUUGACAUUAUCUAUACAGGAUAGAACAAGUCUACAUUUUAGAGUGGGAAUAGGAGGAAGCCUGCCGUGCUGAAUGAUAUGCUUCAAGCAGAUGGAUACAUUUGGAGCAUGAAUUAUGUAUUCAAUAAUAAUGCAUCAUGGGAAUUGUAGUACAACUUGAUGGAUUCAGAUGCCAUUACUGAUACCAUUUUUUUUCAUAUUUUUUUUUUUUUUUUUAGUUUUGCUGUUAAACAUUGGUCACUGAGUAAAAGUAAAAUCGAAUCAUUAAAAUUCUGAACACAUUGGAUUUCCAGCUGGUAAGGAGCUUGUAAUAAAAAUAUCUUGCUCUCAAUGGAUACCUGCCAAGUGUCCCGGAUUUCCAGGCACUGUUUCUAGAUUUGGCUCUCUAUCCAAUAUCCUGUUGUCCUGGCUUUUGUCUCAGUUUCUAUACAGGAAAUGUAUGUUUUUAUGCUACGAAGUUAAAAUAUAUUUCACUAUUAUGGUGUUGCUAAUUAGAAUAUUGCUUAGUACCUUUUACUCGAUUGUUUACCAAGCAGUGAAUCAUGGUGAGUUGACAAACAAAGAUGUAACACUGAAUCGAUUUUACAUUAUCAAUGUGUGGAAAACCGAACUUGCCAACAGUCCUGAAUUUGUCAGAACAGUCCAGAUUUUAUUGCAGCCCUCUUACAAAGCUCUAGUUGCUUUUUCAGGUGUUCUGCUUCUGGAUAUUUCUGCAUUGCUAAGUGCAUCCUUGCCUCUGUACUAGGCAGGAAUUACAAACAAUUCCAGCCUAUUGGCAGGUGUAUCGGUUGUGUCCUGCAUUUGGGCCAACCUGCCUGACCUUGUUAAUGUGCAGUCUAUAGGCCACCCAUGUCCUAUCAUGGCAUUAUCACUGACACAGAAUUGUACUUUCCAAAGCCAUACACCAACCAAUGAUGUUUAUUAUUUUAUAUUCGUAAUUACACCAAGCUGCCCUGUAUGCUCUGUAAUUUAUCACCGGUUGACCAAAUGGUACUAGUUGAUACCCUUGCCAAAUUAUAAUUUUGGGGCCCCAUGCAAGACUACACCCCAUUUUAUUCCAACACAUUGCUAUUUAAUGGUGCAUUUGACAGUUUUGGCCUCAAAGCAGUGCGUCCGACAACUUUAGAAUUGCUCUGCCUAACAUACACUUGUUCAAGUCACCAAACAUUCCUCUGCAAUUACAAGAGUUAAUCUGAAGUUUUUCAGACUGUGUAUGCAAUGAUCUGUGCUCUGUCUGUUCUCUGCCUUAUGUAUAUAUCUCAGAUCAAUGUGCCAAGUGAUAGGAAACAGAGCUUGAUGAUAGAUUUGCCCUCUAAGCCUUCUCGAUCUCAUGUGGCACCAAUUCCACUCCCUACAUUUGUAUGGAAAUUUAUUUUUUUUAAUGUAUUUUUUUUUUUAAAUAGAUAAAUAGGGAGAGGCCUGCUUUUAAAGAGAUAUAUAUAUAUAUAUAUAUAUAAAUUUUUUUUAAUUUUUUUUUUGCACCACUGUUGACAUGAGCUCUAUGCAGUGUAUUGCUGGGAAGAUUUUUUUUUUUUUUUUAAUAAAAGAGAUGCUGAUUGGCAUAGCGCUGCAUUUUGCUGCGCAUGUGCAAUAGCCUUCAAUGUUGGAUUGGCUAAGGUCAUCAAGUUUGAUCCCAGCCAUAGAGGCUGAGCCUGCUGCGACGUAGGAGAAAAGAUGAGUAAAAUCACCUUUUCAAAGCGAUGCCAGGGACCUAAAUAACCGUAGCAGGAUUAUAGUGUCAGGAAUACAUGUUUAGAUUUCUGACACUAUAGUGUUUCUUUAAUGGGCUCAGUUUUUUUUUUUUAUCCAAAAAAACAUCAAUUUAAGAUUAAAUUCAGGGUUUUCUAAAUAGCCCUUUAUGGCAUGAUACAGUGUGCCAUUACUCUGCACAUCGUUUUGUUUGUAUUAGCUCUGCACCAACAAUACAAUGUAUUAACAAUGUAUUCUGAAAUUAAAUAGAUUACUAUAAUCAUACAAAAAGUGCGUAAACAAGUAUUUUGCUCCGUGGGAUACAAGGAUAUAAUCAUCAGCAUUUUUCCAGCUCUGUAGUAACAUGCCAUUUUGUAUUAAUACUCUUCAUGUAUCAUAUUUUAUAUGAGUAAACAACGAAAUGUAUAAUAUUAAAAAAACAAAAAAAAAACUUUUCUUAGGUUCAGAAACUCUGAAAUAAUUUAUUUCUACAGCUCUCCCAGAAUUCCAUGCAAAAAAGCUGAGACAGCAUCGUCACUUUGCAGAUCUUCACUCUACCAUUCCAUAGGCUCCCUUCUCCGUGACCUGCUGUUUUAAACAAAGCUUUUUAUGGCAAUGCAUGGGUUAGUCUCUAAAUGAACCACUGCCCAGCUGUGUGAACCAGCUGCUUCAGCUCUUCGUAGCUUGUCAGCUUAGUACUAACUUUUUUUCAACAUAUAUUUAUACCAAUGCUGGGUUCUGUUUUUUUUUUUAUGACUGUAUAUUAUUAUUAUUAUUAUUAUUUUAUUAUUUAUAUAGCACCAGCAAAUUCCGUUGUGCUGUACAAUCGGUUAAAGAUGUCGCUUUUUUUUGUCAUUCACCCUAAUUCAUAGAGCAUGUUUAGAGAAAGUAUCAAUGAAAAAUAUAAUAAGCAUAUAUAAUUUUCCUGGUAAUUAAGAUAAAAAGAAAAACAUGUAAUUCACUUAGAAGGAGAUAUAAUAGUAAUUUAAGAAUGACAGCGGCUCUCUGCGAUAAUGGUCUGCAAUGAUCUGCUGAGCUUGGUGACAGCAGUCGGAUUAUAGACGUCUCAAUACCACCCCCCAUCCUACGGCGCGACUCCCCGGGCUGAGAGCCUUCCCCCCCAAUGCGGCCAGCCAUAAACAAGCCCUGCGCAUAUUAAGGACUUACAGUCCUAUUGGCUCCGAGCCAGCGGUAGGUGUAUAUCUAGUGACAUCGAAACGCAAGCAGCCCUUAGUAACAGUGGUAGAGACAUGGAGAGAGAGAGAACGCUAGGCAGAGAUAGACAGAAGGGGGGGGGGAUGUCUCCCUCUGGAAAGCGAGGGGGGGGGGAGCUCAGUUUGACAACACAUCUGCAGUCCAUCUGCGCCAGCACAAACCUGUUUCUUCCAACUAACUGAGGAAUCACAGUUUUGUUAAAUCCACAGAGGGGUGGAGGGGGAUCCCAUUCAGUUAGACCCACAAAAAUCCCAUAUCAAAUUCCACAGCCGCAUAUCCCUGACGGUAAGUUGGUUUUAAUUUUUUGGUCCCCCCCCCCUCUUCCCAAUUUAUUUUAUAUUUUUCUAUAGAGCAGUUCUCUCUGUAACCUCUUCAUGUCUUUUGGAUAUAUAUAUAUAUAUAUAUAUAUACUUAACACACUAUAUUUUAUAGUAAUCUGUAAAUAUGUAUAUAAAAUGUUGUGUAGUUUUUAGGUGCAACACAUUUUAUGUCGAUCUUAGACGAAUUCUUAAUUCUAUUCGGUUUAAAGAAUAUAAACCAUGUUAACAUCAGAAUAUUUUCUUUUUUGAUUUUUCGAUGUUUAAUUUUCCAAUUUCAUGUUUUUGGUUUGUUUCUUUUUUUUGUCUUUGUCUCUUUUUUUUUUUUUUUUCAUCCAUGGGAAAUUUGUGAAAUAGCCCAUUUUCGUAGGUCGGUUUAUUGUGUAUUUUGAUUGUGUGUGUAUUUUUUGUUGUUUGUAUAUUUUCCAGGUCUAUUCAUGGUGACGGUCAUGUUAAUGAAUAAUAAAUAAAUGCACAGUUCAUAUUUACAGUAAUUGGCUAUGGAACAUAUAAAGAUUCCGAAAUUAUAUUUUACUGCUUGUGAUGUCCAAAGAAUGCCAUUCAACUUAAUUUGUGUUACUAUGGGUUAAUAAGAAUGUCCUUGAAAAAAUUGUUAAUGACAAGAACACUGUGUAACCUACAGUAACAUUGUUGUCUGAAUAGAAACCCUAUGUAGCAAUUGUUUUAAUCACUUUGAAGAUUCCACCCCUCCUGGCUUUUUUCAGUCAUGAUUGCUCAGUCUUAUUGAUUUUGUCUAUAAUACCAUCAAUUAUUUUAGCAGGAUGCAGGAAAAUGCAGUAUUGUGUGAAGUUACCCAGAUGCCUCUUCUUCAAACAAUGUUUAUUUAUUUAAUUUUGUUUAUUAGUGUUCUGUACCUGUCUAGAGGUUAACCCCUUAAAGGGACACUCCAGGCACCCAGACCACUUCUGCCCAUUUGAGUGAUCUGGGUGCCAACUCCCAUCACCCUUAACCCUGCAAGUGUAAUUAUUGCAGUUUUUUAAAAACUGCAAUAAUUACCUUGCAGGGGUAAGUCCUCCUCUAGUGGCGGACAGCCACUAGAGGGACUUCCAGCUUCUUAAAACACAAAAAGAAGUGCAUGAGGACCUCCAGCGUCGCCGGAAUCCCCAUAGGAAAGCAUUGAAUAAUGCUUUCCCAUGGGGAGGUCUGAUGCGCGCGGCCAUCUCCCCCGCAAACGUCAGAGGGACAUCGGCGCUGGAUGCAGGUAAGUCACCGAAUGGGGUUUGAACUCCUUCAGCAACAUGGGAUGGGGGGUGGAAAGGAGGGGAAACUGCAGGAUUUUGCAGUGCCAAGAAAACAGAUUUGUUUUCCUGGCACUGGAGAGUCCCUUUAAGGACACAACUUCAGAAAUAAAAGGAAAUCAUGACGGAAAAUGUCCGUCAUGUGUCCUUAAUGGAUGUAGCCUUUGCUGAUCGUUGUAGUUUGCCAUCCAAUAGAAAAUGACAGAUAUAAGUCCCUAGUCCCUAAAUGGCAGAUUUAAAAUUUGUUGUGAAUGGUUGGAAAAUAGUUUAAUUUAAUUGGUGCUCGGGCCUUGUGCUUAAGUAUCGGAGAAACUGUAUAACCAAGAUGGCAGAUCAUUUUUUCACAGCUCAGUCAUGUGGAACAAAGGCUGUCACAAUACAGUCCGGGUAUUUAGUUAAAAAAUAUCAGAAUGAUUUACUAUCCAUGAAAUCACUGAUCAUUCCUUCAAAAUUAGGAGCCUUUGGAUGAAGGCUUACGCUCCACAGGUCCGUGGCCUGUGGUGGCUUCUCCCACUGGCCUGGCCAGUGGAGUUAUGGAUUUUUCUUUUCCCUGAUAUAUUGUUACACAACGCUAAACUCUUGGAUCUUUUACAGGGUUUAUGCUGUUACAUGGUUACAUAGCUGAAAAGAGACUUGCAUCCAUCAAGUUCUGACUUCCUCACAUAUGUUUUUGCUGUUGAUCCAAAAGAAGGCAAAAAACCCAGUCUGAAGUGCUUCCAAUUUUGCAACAAACUAGGAAAAAAUAGAUAUCUCCUUGGAUCAAGCAGCUAUUACCCCACUAGUUAUAAAUAAUAUCCCUGUAUGUUAUGUUUUUGCAAAUAUUUAUACAAUCUCUUUUGUUCUUUUGUUGGACCCUGCCUUCGGGCAUCCAGUCGAUACGCUGGAUGUAUUUAUGUUUUUCUUUCGUAUUAUAAUAAUUAAAACGUGUUAAUUACAAUAUAUAUAUAUAUUAUAUAUAUAAUCAGAAUGAUUAAUUCUUUUAGUGACCAAAUAUUAGACUUAAUGUGCUGCUUAGUUAGUUAGUUGGCUAUUUGUAUUUCCGAGCAGCACUUUCAAGUUUUGAAUAGGAUGCUUAAAUAACGGCAUAGACUGUCAUCUUAAAGGACCACUAUAGUGCCAGGAAAACAUACUCGUUUUCCUGGCACUAUAGUGCCCUGAGGGUGCCCCCACCCUCAGGGUCCCCCUCCCGCCGGGCUGGAUGGCGAGGAAAGGGGUUAAACUUACCUUUAUUUCAGCGCCAGGCGGGGAGCUCUCCUCCUCCUCUCCGCCUCCGAUCCUCCUCUUCGGCUGAAUGCGCAUGCACGGCAAGAGCUGCGCAUGCAUUCAGCCUGUCUCAUAGGAAAGCAUUCAUAAUGCUAUAUCAAUGAGACAGCCACUAUAUCAAUGAGACAGCCACUAGAGGCUUUAGAGGCUGCAUUAACCCAUUUAUAAACAUAGCAGUUUCUCUGAAACUGCUAUGUUUAUAGAAUAAAAAAAAAGGGUUAAUCCUAGAGGGACCUGGCACCCAGACCACUUCACUUGUUCUGUUAAAUAGAUCUCAGAAUUAGUUUUUGCAAUGUUGCCUAAGUAAACCAGUAUAAAUAUCCGACUUAUCAGUUUUUGUUUUUUGUGUGUCUAACCAAAAUGGAGGGUAAGUUUGUGCUAAGAGGAUGUCUGUGAUAUAAUUUAUGGGCUUAGGUUUUACUUUAAUUGGAAGAAUGUAUUGAUCUGUGCUGUGUAUAUCAAUGUAUGGACUUGGGCAGGGUUGUUCACCAAAGUGAAUUUCAAAUUUAAGGUCAAAAUAGUCACACAAGAAAAGUAAUCGAAAGUCAGCUGCGCUCUCAGUUCGGCUACUCUGGUCUUAAAUGUUAAAUUGACUUUAAAUUCAGUUUAAAAUCUCCCUUUAACGAAUAACCCUGCAAAGGUUGGGUUACUAUAGUGACCAACGAUCCUUCCUGCUAAACACACAUGGAAGGGAGAGUGUGGUGUGUGUAUUUAAUAGCGCACAUUAUAGGAACACUGACCUAUAUACUCUUAGACCUAAAAACCUAUAUAAAUAUUAGACAUUAAAGGAAUACACCUGGAUCAUUUUUCUGUUCACACAAAGGCACUUUUUAAAAAAUUAUUAUUUAUUUAUUUUUUUAGAAUAACUUAUUCAUUAGCAAGUUUGCUAAAUUUAAUAGGAUUUGCAAAACUGCUUUUUUUUUUUUGUGGCAGAACACUUCAAAUUUUGCUUUAAAUAUGUUAUUUUUGUACAUGGAAUAACCCAUAUAUAAUAUAAAAUUAUGAAUAACAACAAUGCUGAGAGGUGCACUUAAUAUGAAACCAACAUCUUUUGUGGUGAUGCCAGUUCCACUUUAUCCUGUUGUAUCGGUCUGUUCUUAUUGUACAACGCUGUGUCUUUCCCAGUUGUACAGCGCUGCGGAAUAUGUUGGCGCUUUAUAAAUGCCAGUAAUAAUAAUAAUCUUACCCAAGUACAUUCUAAAGUAAGGAAUGCAAUAUACAAAUAUAAGACACACUGUCCUUCACUACACUUCUAAGUGAUGGCACUGCUCUCAUCCCAAGAUGUGCACUAAUGGGCACUCUGGCAACUUUUUGCAUAAUGACACACAAAUGUGUAUGCACCAGUGAAUUGCUCUUAUGAGCUCUACAUGCUCAUCAAUCCCCAUGAAUUGACAUGCAAUGCAUCAUGGGAUUCAUAAUAAUUUACAUUGUAUGCCAAGACAUGACUUGAUCGCCAUGUGAUUGUAUAAAUCAGAAAAAAAGUAUAAAUCUAAAGAGCACUUAAAGGACCACUAUAGUGCCAGGAAAACAUACUCAUUUUCCUGGCACUAUAGUGCCCUGAGGGUGCCCCCACCCUCAGGGACCCCCUCCCGCCGGGCUCUGGGGAAAGGAAGGGGUUAAAAUCUUACCUUUCUCCAGCGCCGGGCGGGGAGCUCUCCUCCUCUCCGCCUCCGAUCCUCCUCUUCGGCUGAAUGCGCAUGCGCGGCAGGAGCUGCGCGCGCAUUCAGCCAGUCUCAUAGGAAAGCAUUUACACAGUGAGAAGCACACAAACGCUUCUAGCGGCUGUCAAUGAUACAGCCACUAGAGGCUUUAGAGGCUGGAUUAACUAACUUAUAAACAUAGCAGUUUCCCUGAAACUGCUAUGUUUAUAAAAAAAAGGGUUAAUCCUAGAGGGACCUGGCACCCAGACCACUUCAUUAAGCUGAGGUGGUCUGGGUGCCUAGAGUGGUCCUUUAAGUCAGAGAGCAAAUAGAUUAUAGAAGGUAUCUGUUAACACAGGACUGCUGGCUUCCUGUUAUUGUCAUGGAAGACACGAUUAGACUAAUAUUGCGCUGCGGAAUUAGUUUGAGCUAUAUAAAUACUACUACUACUACUAAUAAUAAUAAUAGCAUGCGUGUAGAAUAUAGCAAGUGGGCCAUUUUGAUAUGUUAUGGGAAUCAGAAAGAGAUGUAUACAUUCUGCAUUAUAGGAUAAAGGGAUAUGUCACGCGUGAAGACGUGACUCAAUCCUUUUUUCUUUAUUUAGAAUUGCAAUUCAUGUAUUCUCGCUCAGCAAAGAUUAUAAUGUAUUUUUUAUUAUUAUUGCAAUAGCUCAAUAAUCGUAUAAUUUGGGGAACCCCACCCCCACCCCCUUUGCUUAAAUUUGUCCUUGUUAGCCAACCAUAAGCAAACACUAACAUUAAAAUGAGAGAAGUGCAUUGUUAAGGGAUGAGAUCAGUUGAUAAAGAAGGAGAUAUCAUAGACCUCUGUAGGCUUUGUUUGUGUAGUUCAUACCCCUUAACUGCAUAUCAAUGGUCUGCUUAAUCUCCCUCCAUUAACAUUCUCAUGGCUGAGUUAACCCUUUGAGAGCCCGAAAGCUAUUCAGCACAUCUCAAAGCAAGGCAUUGCUCAUUGCUCUGUCUAAAAGAAGGUUAAAAAGGACACUCCAGCAUAAUGUUUCCACGUUAUUUUUAACACAUUACUGGAAACUUAAUGCUUUAAGAUGCUUUUAAAAUGAGAUCUCUACCGCUUAGCCUACAUGCUGUGAAAGAAGGACUUUGUCCAUUUUGAUGUAAUGUCUGAAACCUGUGUUGUUCCAGCACAGAUCCCUGCCAAGGCUUCCCUGUGGGGCAUCACUCAGACUGAACGUGGUACCAAAUGGUGAUGAUAUAGGGAAAUAUCUCUGCUCAGGUCCCUUUUGCUUGUAUAAUAAUUCCAAAUAAGACCCCGGACACCACCUAAACCACAUGGUUGAUCACUAAACCGGGUAACUUUAGGAAUUUGACAAGGAAAUGGCAAUUUGUACACCAAAAUAGUUCUGAUGGGAAAUUAGGCGACUUGGAAGAUUUAUCAAAACUAGCUAAUUUGGCCUAAAAUUUUCUUUUCUGUUUCUUUACAGUUCCCUGUUUAUCGAAUGUACCGUUAUAUUGACAAUUUUAUUUAAAAAGACACAUUAAGUAAGAAAAUUUAAAUAUCUAGUCUAAUGUCUCUGCUAAAUACAAUGUUGCCGUAUUACGCAAGGAACUGUUCCUUGCAUUUGUGGCUCUGUUUUGUUAUGUUUUUUUUGUUGUUUUUUUUUAAUACCCUGCUGUCAAAAUAAUUUCAUGGGAAUCUGGGGGUGGAAAAAAAACCUGUUGAUACUCUGAACCCACUCAGACUCCUGUUAAAACCCUGUGUGGAUUAUGGGAAGGAGGAGGGAGAGAAAGCGCUUUGCCAUUGUGCAAGCAACAGAUGUGCUCCCUGCCUCUAACACAUGCCCUCUUUCCCCCAUCUGCUCCCAACACCAGGUGCAGCCUCUGUUUACCCAUAAUCCCAUUCACUAGUGCUCAUCCUUCUUCAUUGUCCCUCUAGUAAAUUAGCAUUACAGUUCAGGCCCCCUCCUCCUCUGUCCCUAGGCUGCAGGUGACUGUCAUAGUAUCAGCUGUUCUCUGACUCUUGAAUACUACGGCCAUACCGGGAGGAGGGAAGUACAUUUUUGGCCCAUUUAUUUAUUUCCAAUUAUGGAAGUGAACUCCAAACAUAACUUGCAGGGUGAAGCAUGAUUUAAAGUACAUUUCAAAUGUUGUGCUACGAUGGUCAAACUGAAAAUAUAAUGGACGUUUGAGAAUUUCUCCAGUUUGUUUAUAGCCUAAAAUUAAUAUUUUAUAUUGUGUUAUUGUUAUUUUACUAUUAUGUUAUUUUAUACACAGUUCUGGAUGGGUAUGUACCUGGCAGCCUCUGUUACUCGAACAAAGAUACUCUUAAACAGGACUGCGCAAUUGUAUCUGGGACUGUUGGGAGGUAUUAUCAAUUGUAAGGUUUAGAACAACGCAGAAGAUGCUCCUAUUUUAAUUACUGCUAUUCUGGAUUCAUUAUGUCUCAUUGAAUUAACCUUUCCUACUGUUGGUAUUGUUACCUUCCCUUGAACAGUAAUACAUGUUGUGGGGUGAUAUGUCUAAUACCUAAAGGGGAAAAAAAAAAAUCAACAUUGUAUUAUGCUGUACAAAUUCUAUCCUCAUAUUGUUAAAAUAUAACAUGGCAAUUAAAAUAUAUUUUAGGCAGGUCGCUGCAUAAACACAGGUAAUGUAUAUGUUUUUAGAGGUGUGCGAACAGGUGUUGCUGGGGGAAGGCUAAGGGGACUGAAACCCCAGAUGUAGGGGUAUUUAGCCCUGUAUCUCAAGGCAUCUAUUAUAAAAACAAAGAUCAGUAGUAUGGUGCCCUGCCAGGCUACUAAGGAGUAGGGGGUAGUGCCCCCCGGGUUAGUAUCAAGAAAGGACGCUGGGGAACAGAACUUUGUUGCACCCCCCUACUGGUUAGGUAGUGUGGUGGGACCUCUUUAAGUUCCUGGCUGUGCAGCAUGUGCAUGUGUCUGACUGUGCUUUCAUUGAGAUAAUGGAGAGCUUCAGCAGCACACCGUUCAUGGGUAGAGAGGACGGGCCAUGAGAAAAACUGGCACUCCUUUAGGACUUGAUACGCAAACAUUAUAUACUUGAAGCUAGUGUCAGUUUAAUGAUUCAUAUUAUAUACAGGGAGUGCAGAAUUAUUAGGCAAGUUGUAUUUUUGAGGAUUAAUUUUAUUAUUGAACAACAACCAUGUUCUCAAUGAACCCAAAAAACUCAUUAAUAUCAAAGCUGAAUAUUUUUGGAAGUAGUUUUUAGUUUGUUUUUAGUUUUAGCUAUGUUAGGGGGAUAUCUGUGUGUGCAGGUGACUAUUACUGUGCAUAAUUAUUAGGCAACUUAACAAAAAACAAAUAUAUACCCAUUUCAAUUAUUUAUUAUUACCAGUGAAACCAAUAUAACAUCUCAACAUUCACAAAUAUACAUUUCUGACAUUCAAAAACAAAACAAAAACAAAUCAGUGACCAAUAUAGCCACCUUUCUUUGCAAGGACACUCAAAAGCCUGCCAUCCAUGGAUUCUGUCAGUGUUUUGAUCUGUUCACCAUCAACAUUGCGUGCAGCAGCAACCACAGCCUCCCAGACACUGUUCAGAGAGGUGUACUGUUUUCCCUCCUUGUAAAUCUCACAUUUGAUGAUGGACCACAGGUUCUCAAUGGGGUUCAGAUCAGGUGAACAAGGAGGCCAUGUCAUUAGAUUUUCUUCUUUUAUACCCUUUCUUGCCAGCCACGCUGUGGAGUACUUGGACGCGUGUGAUGGAGCAUUGUCCUGCAUGAAAAUCAUGUUUUUCUUGAAGGAUGCAGACUUCUUCCUGUACCACUGCUUGAAGAAGGUGUCUUCCAGGAACUGGCAGUAGGACUGGAAGUUGAGCUUGACUCCAUCCUCAACCCGAAAAGGCCCCACAAGCUCAUCUUUGAUGAUACCAGCCCAAACCAGUACUUCACCUCCACCAUACUGGCGUCUGAGUCGGACUGGAGCUCUCUGCCCUUUACCAAUCCAGCCACGGGCCCAUCCAUCUGGCCCAUCAAGACUCACUCUCAUUUCAUCAGUCCAUAAAACCUUAGAAAAAUCAGUCUUGAGAUAUUUCUUGGCCCAGUCUUGACGUUUCAGCUUGUGUGUCUUGUUCAGUGGUGGUCGUCUUUCAGCCUUUCUUACCUUGGCCAUGUCUCUGAGUAUUGCACACCUUGUGCUUUUGGGCACUCCAGUGAUGUUGCAGCUCUGAAAUAUGGCCAAACUGGUGGCAAGUGGCAUCGUGGCAGCUGCACGCUUGACUUUUCUCAGUUCAUGGGCAGUUAUUUUGCGCCUUGGUUUUUCCACACGCUUCUUGCGACCCUGUUGACUAUUUUGAAUGAAACGCUUGAUUGUUCGAUGAUCACGCUUCAGAAGCUUUGCAAUUUUAAGAGUGCUGCAUCCCUCUGCAAGAUAUCUCACUAUUUUUGACUUUUCUGAGCCUGUCAAGUCCUUCUUUUGACCCAUUUUGCCAAAGGAAAGGAAGUUGCCUAAUAAUUAUGCACACCUGAUAUAGGGUGUUGAUGUCAUUAGACCACACCCCUUCUCAUUACAGAGAUGCACAUCACCUAAUAUGCUUAAUUGGUAGUAGGCUUUCGAGCCUAUACAGCUUGGAGUAAGACAACAUGCAUAAAGAGGAUGAUGUGGUCAAAAUACUCAUUUGCCUAAUAAUUCUGCACUCCCUGUAUGUGUGUAUUUAAAUUUUUUUUUAUUGACUUUCUCACAUCUCCAGGUGGUAUUUUGUGUUGUCAGCAGAGGCAUGGGGGUCUGAGUAUCUUCUAGACAGAUCUUAGAUGUCCCACCUGGAAUCUGCUGAAGCAACUCUCCCAGCUUGGCGGUUACAUCCCCAAGUAUUCCUUUAACCACAGGCACGACUAGGAUCCCACUUCUUGUCUAUGAAUGAUUUCUUCCAGUAGCCUACUUGUCGUCAGAUUGCCCUGAUCCCAUAGCAUCUGAUGUGGACCUGGUUUAUCCGUCCAAGCCAGCAGGAUUCUGGUUUUACUUUUGUUUUUGACAUAGCCGACCAUAUAUUGUUAUCGUCGCCUAUUGUCAAAUCUGGCCCUGUUCAUCAAACCCGUAAGACACAUUUUUCUGGGCAUACAUAUGUAGAAUUUAUAAUGUAGGACUACAUUAAAUAUGUUUUAUAAACAUUCAUAAUACCAGCAUGCAACCUUGACAAUUUGGCUCUUCUAUUUUUCCUCUGCCAAUGGUUGGCAGAGAAUUCUGGGAAAUGUAGUUCAACAUCUGGAAUGGCUGGCCACACAUAGCAGUAGUUAAAGAGAACAUAUGGCCCACAUUAAGUGCCCGCAGUAAGCUUGCCAAAUUUCAUAAGGUUCCUGGUGAUGCAUACAGAACUUGUAAGGUCUUCUCUUUAUUUAAGCUAGAAUGUGGUUUAUUUUAUGGGACAGUGAAACAUGUUAAAUAGAUUAUACAGGGCAUGAAGUGGAACUAUAAUUGAAUAAGAAAAUGAUUAAAUAAAUUGAUUAGGUGCACGAAGAAACGCGUUGUACAAGAUGGCCACGGAUUUAUUUAUUUUUCGCUGUGGGAGGUUUUAUUAAUUAUUAACCACAAACCUUUAUUAUUUUAACCCUACCGCAAUAAUUUAUUUAUUUAUUUGGGUGCGACUCCCUCCCCCGCCCUCUUCUUGCCUUAUUAUAUUUUACCGGAUCAAAUGAUUCAGUAACUUAUUCUUGGGCCAGAUGGCGUGUUUUUCUCUUGAUUCCGGCAUUGACAAGGUUAACUCCGCAGAGGAGAAUGUUAGCUUGGCACAAAUGGGAAACAGAUGGAGAGUGGUUUCACCACAACGCUUAGAGAAAAACACAGUCAGGACUCUUGGAAACUUGGAGCCAGUGAUCGCCAGAUGUAAGCUUGUAUCAAUUUGUGAUUGGGUUUGAUAUUGUUGGUUUAUAGUUCUGUUUCCAGGGUCGUAAAAGUAUUUGUAAAUGAUUUACCAUAAGUUGUGCGUUGGAUUCAAGCAAAAUGAAUAAUGUUUAUAAUAUUAUAUGAAAAUUUGAAUAUGGGAGCUACUAUGUGCUUGAAAGUUUUGGGAGAGCUAUUCCCUUCCUUCUUGCCUUCGCAGUUGCUCUCUGGCAAAGUCUAGGAUGUGGUGGGAAACAAACAGGCUGUGAAGGUUAGAAACCAUGGAGCAUAUUCUUCCAUGCAGGGAGGGGAUGAGGGAACAUGCUUCCUGCAGCUGGUACAGAGGAGAAUCACGCACACCAGAUGGCUCCCCAUGCUGAUAAAGUCAUGAAACCAGUUGUGUGACCUUGCAGUUGUAUGCUGUGGCUUUAUAUAUGCUAUGUUGUAACAGUGCAUUUUAUUAAAUACCCUGUGGCUGGAUGUACUGCAGAGCACUGGAUGGUAUGUUAUCUCUAGUUUAUACUGUACCUCUUCCUUCACAGUUACUGGUGACAAGAGGAUACCAGCGAUGCCCGGUUCUCCCAUGGAAGUGAAGAUUCACUCCAGAUCCUCUCCUCCGAGCAUGGCUCCUCUGCCACCAGUGAACCCCAGCGGGCCCAGGCCUGUCUCCUUCCCACCAUCAACACGUAUGUCAUCUCCAUCAUCUUGCUAUAAAUCAGGGGAAAGUGGCCAUUUAUAUUUAGGCUAAUUAAGGGUUGUCAGACUGAUAGAUUAAUAAUAUCUGUAGAGUAAUCAGUGCAGUUCUCCUGCCCUAAGUAUUAGCCCUUGCACUGUAUUUUUUUUUUUUUUUUUAAUUACAAUGCACCCCAAAUAUUCAAUAUUUACUAAAUACCAUUUAAUUCUGAUAUAUAAUAUUACGAUGCAGCCAAUAGGAAAUAAUAACUGCCAAAGGGGAAGAAUUCACAGACAAGUGUGCACAUAUGUGAGUGUCUAUGAAAGAGACCGUAAACAUUGCACAAUUAUUAUUAUUUUUUUGGAUAAUACAGGCAUCAGCAUGGUAUUAAAAAUGCAGUAAUAAAAUGUUUUAUUCCAAUAAUAAUAUAAAAAAAAUUUAAAAUAAAUAUAUAUAAAAUAUAACUGCAAUCUGAGUGCAGAAGAAAGAAGGGGAUGCCUUGCCUGAAUCUUUUAGUACACUAGGCGAUGGAUGCAAUAUUAAGACAAUAAGUUAGAUAAAAGAUUCUCCACUGCUGUGCUUGGUUUUGCUGAGAUGCUUGACAGGUUUAGGUUACUUAGUCUGGGUUAGUUAGUUUCAGUGUUGAUGCACACCUUGAUGCUACCUUUAUGGGUGUCCAUAUUGACUGCUGUGUACAGAACAAGUUCCAGUGAGAAGUGAAGUUUUUUGGCGCACCCUAGUGUCUCUUUUCUAUUAUGACCACCUUUCACCCUGUGCUUAUUGUGCUCUGCCAUUUACAAAUGAUCUCAUACUCUCUGCUGUCUCGUAUUGUCCCUGUCCCGAAUGAGCUAUGUUGUACCUGCUGCUGGCUCUUAUUGUUAUACGCCGUCUAUUUGUUGUCACUAGCACUAUACAUCCAAUUAAUUCUGUUGUUGUAUGGCUUUUUUGUGUGUGUGUAUUUGUGAUUAGCUGUCCAGUAUCUGCUUUGUUGUUGCUCGUCUUUGCUAUCUUUUAAUCACUCAUAUCAUCAAAAACACAUUUUCACCUUGUUGAGCAUAGUCUGUUUUUUGCAUCUUAUGUCCUAGCUUCUUAGAAACAUAGAAUGUAUUGACAGAUAAGAACCAUUCGGCCCAUCUAGUCUGCCCAAUUUUCUAAAUACUUUCAUUAGUCUUGUAGUUAGGAUGGCCUUACGCUUAUCCCACGAAUGCUUAAACUCCUUUACUGUGUUAACCUCUACCAUUUCAGCUGGAAGGCUAUUCCAUGCAUCCACUACCCUCUCAGAAAAGUAAUACUUCCUGAUAUUGUUUUUAAACCUUUGCCCCUCUAAUUUAAGACUAUGUCCUCUUGUUGCGGUAGUUUUUCUUCUUUUAAAUAUUGUCUCCUUCUUAGAGUUCAAGUCAUCCCUGUGUCCACACUGUGCUUUAUUUCAUAUAGUUACUUUACCUCUCUUGUCAUUUCUGUGGGCUUACUUUUUUCCUUUUGCAAUGGCUCACUGCCAUGUUGUCAUGCAAACUCCUUGUUAACCUUGAUCAUAAUCUGGCGCGCUUCCUCUAGAAAUGACGUUAUUAUUUCAAAAUUGUUUCUUCCUGCCUUAUAUCCUGUAAACAAAUUCUCAGUCUUCCAAAAGUUAUUUUCAAUGUUGUUAACAGUGGACAUAAUAAUCUUUCUUGCUUUUUUUUAAAUCAUUUAUUUAUAGUCACCAAUGGUAUUAAUCACUCUCCGCCCUCCCUGAAUGGAGCUCCUUCUCCUCCCCAACGUUCCAGCAACGGUCCUUCGUCUUCAUCCUCCUCUUCACUUGCCAAUCAGCAGCUCCCUGCCACCUGUGGCGUCAGACAACUGAGCAAACUUAAAAGGUUUCUUACGACCUUGCAGCAAUUUGGCAAUGACAUCUCCCCCGAAAUAGGAGAGAAAGUCCGAACUCUUGUCCUGGCCCUGGUGGUAAGUUCACGGCAACGGGUGCAAACAGUUUCUCUUCUAAUGGUUAUUGACCUAAAAAAUAUGAAGCUAUUAAAAAGCAUAUAACUUCAUGGAGCAACUGGGGAAAAUAUUCAAGUUCCAAACAUAUUUUACACUCAAAUGUAAACUUCUGUGACAUCUGAGCAACUACAUUGGAAUGAUGAAAUGACUCUGCAGGGUCGGAGACAUUAUCUUCCCAGAGUUACAGUUAUAUAUCUGGUCCUGUCAUGGUUUCUGUUAUCUCAGCAAACCUCCCAAGUGGCCCUAUGUACAAAGGACAGUCUCUCUGCCAUCCAAAUCCAUCUGUCAUUUGUUCCCAUGCUGGAGUGCCAUUCUAAAACAACCCCCUCCCCGCCCCCCCAAAAAAAGAUUCUGCCCCUAAAGAAAUCUACUUGCAAACAUGUCCCUUUUUCUGCACUUUAAAUUUGAGGGACCAUGAUCUACAGAGUACUCUAAUUUUAUAUUGUUUUUUUUCCUUGCCAAAAAAAGGACAACUUUGCUUGAAGCAGAGGUGUAGUAGUACUACUUGCUAAAUACUGUAAAAGCGGUUUCUAAAACAGAUGGGGCUCGUAUUUUUUUUUCCAUUCCUGUAGAGUGUAGGAGUCAGACACACAUAUUGAAAAGUCAUCUUGAUUUUUGUAGGAACCAAAUUAGAGAUAUUUCAAGUACUGUAAAAGUUCCCAAACUAUUAUACGCUUAGUCACCAGAGUUGCUUCAAUGCUGCAUUUUCAGCUUAAUGAGGAACUUUUGUACAAUCAAAUCACUACCUAAAUGUAGGCUAUUAUUAUUAUUAUUAUUAUUAUUAUUAUUAUUAUUAUUGCAAUAGCAUUUACUGGUUUGUUGGAACAGGUAUUGUCAUUUCCACAUGGUAAUAGUUCUGCCUUAAGUGAGAAUGUAAAUCAGAGGAAAAUAGUUCUUUCAUAAAAAGUUCUAGUUAAGAAAAAAUUGUAUCUGCUUUGUCUUUGUCUUUCAUGGCAAGAAGUUAGUGAAAUUCUUUAAAAUUUCAAAGGGGUUAAAUGCAGCAGCAUAUUAAAGGGACACUAUAGACACUAGAACUACUACAGCUUAAUGUUCUUGUGUCUAUAGCAUGUCCCUACAGUCUUCUCUCUGAUAAAAGACAGUGUUUACAUUGCUGCCUAGUAACACCUCUUGUGGCAGUCACUCCGACAACCACUAGAGGUGCUUCCUGGUUUACUGCUGCAUUUUGUGCAGUGCCUACUUCAGCGUGUCCACGCUCUGCAUAAAGACGCUGAACGCUCCCCAUAGAGAUGUAACUGAUUCAAUGCAUCUCUAUGAGAAAAUACUAAUUGCUGCCACACAGCAUUUUGCCGCGCAUGCAGAAUAGCUGCCAUUGCUUUCCUAUGGUAAAUAGGUAGCCCAGCACUACAUGUUUGUAUCUAUAACACUAUAGUGUUCAUUUAAACACAAAUAAAAUACGUAAUAGGGAGAUUUUAAUCCUAUUCUUAUGUAAGAUGCCUUCUAAGUGAGCUAAGAGUUUUACAAGUUUUAGUGUAAAUAGGGCGUAAGACUUGCAUAAUGAAUGGCUUUUGAUUUCCUGCAGCUGGACGCAGAGCCUGGGAUUUUCCAGUUUUUUCUGCUUUGUGGCAUGUAUUAUUCUGUGUGCACGUGCAGAGGACGCAUUCCAUGGUGCUGCAUUAGGAAUUGCUAUUCCACCAGUUGAGAAGGGCUUCUUUAGGGGACACUCUGAUUCCCCAACACUCCAAGCUGAAUUUGUAAUAUCAAAUAAAAAGAGAUCCAGAUUAAAGCUUCUGAUUAAUGUAUUAGCCAUUCCAUUCAGUAUGCUAACUUCUUCUUCAGUAUAAAUUGUUCUGAGGCUACUUCUACUUCUGUCCUAGAAUGCAUUUUAGUGAAAUUUAAAAAACCCUUGGUUUUGGUUCCCUGUUAUAUUGCCCUUUAUUGUGAUUUAGAUAACCCUUAUUUUGGGUUCCAUGUUUAGAGCAGGGAGGAGAGAGGAAAUGUAAAAUGUUUUACUUUGUUUCCCAGUUUAUUCUGCACUAUUACUAAUCUCCUAUGCUCACGUGCCUUAGUCCUUCCCUCACUUGCCCUCAUCUUUCUUUUUAGAAUUCAACAGUGACCAUCGAGGAGUUUCACUGUAAGCUGCAAGAAGCCACCAAUUUCCCACUGCGUCCUUUUGUCAUCCCAUUUCUAAAGGUAAGUGAGAUGUUGAGAAAACUCAUCUACUCAAAUGUUAGGCAUCCUGACAAUUAAGGGCUAGGGCUGUAGUUUUAAGGUGUGGGGUUCCAUACUAUAAUAUGCUUUGGUCCUAUUUGAGAUGCUCACUAGAAAACAGGGACACACCACUGCCCCCCCAUGAAAACACGCAUGUAUUAUUAUUUAUGUGGGGUAUACCUACAAACAAUUCGCAAAAGCUGUAAAUAUUGAUUGCAGCCUUUGCAAGCCCUCCCCUUCUAAUCCCACCCAGACUUUCUGUGGCUGUCCAAUCACAGACUUUCCAAUGCAGAUCAAUGAAAAGUCUUUGCAAUUGAUGUCUCUUGAGUUUAGCUCCACUGAGCUAAACAAACCAGGAAGUAACAUGACUGGUUGUCUGAUUGACUGUCAUUGGGGCGUAACAAGGUUAAUUUAUAAAAGUGCCAAUUUAUAUUGAUAUCUGCUGUUUUUUUUUAAAUUGGGGGUGGGAGGGGUGGGUGAGAAGCAGACUCUCUUCACUCAUAAAGCACUUCUACAAACAAGUUGUGUGGAGUGUUCCCUUAUCUUUCUUCCUUAGCACCUCUCCAUCUUGCCAAACAUUAAAAGAAGAGUGACCGGUCUGGAAUCCAGGCAUUGGUCCUCAGCAGUUGAGUGGGAAGAGCUGAAUUUCUUUCUCUGGCAGCAAAUAUCUCUAUCCCCUUCCCUGUCAAGUAUUGCUCUACUUUAUUAGUCUAAAAGAGUCUAAAAGAGUGCUGGUGUGACAUUGUAUUUGUUAAGUCUGUAAUACAAAUAACCACUUUGGGAGCAUGGAAAUUAGAUCUGUUUAUUUGAGGAUCUCCUGCUUACCCAAAUGCCCCACGAGAUAUUGAUGGGGUUGUGGGUAUAAAAAGCUCCCAGGCCACCAUGAACCAGCUCAUUUCAUCUCAAAUUGUGAACGUAUAUGUAUAAUGUUUAUGAAAAUUAAUCCAUUAACACUUGUUUGCUCGAUGAGCUAACACACAAUGCGAAAAUUGCUGGGAAUUAGCAAAUCUCAAAAUUGAGGUCAGAAUAUCCAAAUAUAAAAAAAUAUAUUCUGUAUGUCAAUUCUGUCUUUUGACUAUUUUUGGCGUACAUUUAAAAUUCAAUUUGAAGUCGCUGCAAUUCUCCCUUAGUUGAAUAACCUUGCUAGUCUUUCUUCAUUCAUAAUCACCAGGUAUAUAGAUAAUUGGGGGUCAUUUAUAUAGUGUACAAACAGGAACAGGCUUCUUCACAUAAAUACCCAUAAUAAGAAAGAAAAAAAGAAAAUGUGGCUUAGAAAUUGGGAUAAAAUACAUUUUCUAGUCCUGAAAUGCUCAGUAAUCAUGCAAGCUAACCUCUUCAAUACUGCAACACAUAGUAAAAAUGUUAAGCAGAAAAAACAAAUAUACAAUAAAAGUGAAAUAAAAUGUUUUAUUUGUGUUGUCAAUGCCAUUCAACUAAGAACCGAGAAAUGUAAACUUUUGCUAAUGGGAAUGGGCUCCAAAAACUAUAAAAAUAAAGAAAAACAUCAUGGUCUGGUUUAGCUGUUUUAUAUAAUUGCAACAACUUUUUUUUUUUUUAUCUUCACAAAUGUUAAACCCCUCCUUUUGUGGAAACCCCAAAUGUGGCAAAACACCAAAAAUAAUUAAUUUUAAAUGCUUUGCUCACAACUUCCUCCAAGACACGGAGAUCAAAUUUCCUGCUCACUCCCUGCAGUUAGAAGAUUAGACAUCACGUUUGGUAUAGGAAAUGUAACCUCAAAACUAUUUAUUUUCUUGAUCUUGAUAAUUUCUGUUAGAUUUUUUUUAAAUUAAUUGUAAACAAGUACACUUUUGACGGCACUGCUUUAACAGGUGGAAAAGAAACUUGCUUCAGCGGGAAAAGAUUAAUAUUUUUUUACUGCUGCCAGUAUUUUACACAGUACUUGAACAGUAUUUAUGAGGUAUUACAAACUAAAUGUGACAGACUAAAAUACCUGAUUGCAUAAGGCAGACCAAGCUGCGUUUUCAACCUUAAAUUCCAUUAGGGUGGAAAAUAUGCAAAACACUAGCACAUUAGAAAAAUGUAAUUCCACAGAAUCAAUUCGUACAAAAAUAAAAAAUUUGUUCGGGACGUCCGAAAUUCUACGUGGUAAAUUUUCUGAUUAGUUCGUUCACUAAAUAUCCAUAUGGCGCUUCGGAGUUAGAGAACUCGGACGACCUGCAGAUCUCCCAAAGUUUGCAGGCCUCCCAGCUCAUUUGAAACUGAAUGCACAAGUCUAUGUAACCCAGAUAAGCAGUCAGCACUGUCAGUGUUGAUAGGUGAAGAACUGAACUAAGUAAAUAGUAUCAGUGACAAGUGAGGUAUAAUUGGGUGACUGUAAUCUGCUUUGAAGAGUUCGGUUUUGAUGGUUUUCUUGAUGAUUAAGAAAGAGAAUUGGAAGCAAGUUCAAGAGAAAUAGGGCUUAUUAAGAAAAGUUUUUGCAGUGUAGGAGAGAAUAGAUGACAACGGGGGAGGACAGCUAGAGGUGAAGGUAAAAAGGAAUGUUGCCUUGUAGGAGUAUAUCACAUAGUAAAGACCAAAAUAUGCUUAGAAGCAGAGUCAUUGAGGUCACUGUAUACAAAGGUAAAAAAUUUAAACUUGAAAAGGAGAGACAGAUGGAGGUAUGAUGAGUCAAGGUGAUGAGCAUUCCGGUAGAAGCAUUUUUGUGUAGUAGUAACAUUUUAGAGAAUAUAAAACUCAUAUGCAACAGUCCUCUGGAAUGUGGACAAAUUAUCACAUUGUAGUGCCCGGAACAAUGGGAUAAAGACAAAGCCAACCUGUUGACAUUUUAACAUUGACGGGUUAAUUUACUACUUGCCAGAAAAACUAGUAUAACACAGGAUAUGAUUUGGGCUUAAAAGAUGCAUGCAAUUUACUUGCAUGGUUCGUGGACUUUCAGCGUUUGUUUUGACUGGGAGAUAUGCAGUUUGCACAAUACCAAGCCAAAACAUUGCAUCAACUUGCAUCAAGAGCAAGUAACAACAAACACUGAGUGUCAAAUGAAACUUGGAAGAAAAAGACUAUAUUUUAAUAAGGUCUCAAAGCCCACUAGUCCAAGAAAACAUUGGCCAAUGAAUGCCCGAUACUGUGGUCCUCAGCUAUAGAGCCAGAUGAUAAAUGAAGGAUAUAAAAGACGAUAAUGAGCUCCCAGUUUUUGAGAUGAUUAAUGCACAUGUACGUAUGUUGGUGGGCACAAACUUUUUGUUGCCAUGUACAUGCAUGGGUCAUGUGUAUGUUCAGAAUAUCUUCUGGCUAGUAGUAAAUUAAUUGAGCUUUCUAAAGUUUCAAAUGUGACUUUUUUGUGACACGCUGGCAGAAAACAAGGGGAGUCCCAAAGUUGAUGACAGCAUGCAAAAAGCAGAGCAAAGCAAAAUGGAAACUUCAAGUUAAGCAAUAAUAAAUACACACCUAUUUCUUUAUCAAUGACUGACCUAAAAAUGAUAAUUCUCCCUUUUUAAGGUCUCUAACUCAAAAUAGAAUGUCUUACUUCUUCAUCAUUAGUGUCUUUUUAUAGGCUUACUCACAUAACAUAAAUAGGACAAAAAGGCGUUUAAAGGUUGUCAGAUUGCUGUGAUGGAUAUUACAUUCACCGGUCAAAGGCCAUUUUAGGUUAGCCAUCUAAAUGUUCACUUUUUACAUUUAGUAAAAUAUACUGUGGAGAGAGAGAAAAAACAAUGGCGUCAUUAGUCACCGCUUACAUUAGCAAUGGUUGAUGGCAAAAAUGAGAGAAUAAACUAAUGUGGAGCACUUUAUUUCUUUUCAUUUAAAGGCGAACUUACCACUUCUCCAGCGAGAAUUGCUGCAUUGUGCCCGUGCUGCCAAGCAGACUCCUUCCCAGUACUUGGCUCAACAUGAACAUAUUCUCCUCAACACCAACACAUCUUCUCCAUCUGACUCCUCUGAAUUACUAAUAGAGGUCAAUGGAAAUGGAAAAAGACACAGUCCAGAGAGGUAAGUUACAAUGGAUGUUUUUCGUGGUGUAUUAGGCCUUUAAAAUGUAAGUGAGGGAUAUGUGACUGAGGACACAUACAGGUAUAGGAUUUUGGAUUAAUGUGUUCUGAAACGGUAAAGCACGUAUAAUUUUUCAUGGUCAAAGGCAGUGGUAAGUUCUUUUAAAGCAGUGGUUCCCAAACCAGUGCUCAAAGCACCCAUACCAGUUGAGGAUUUAGAGAUUAUCUAGCUGUGUCUAAGGUGUUUUAGAAAGAAAGAAAAAACACCUUAGACAGGGCUGGGUAAUCUCUAAAUCCUGGACCGGUAGGGGUGCCUUGAGGACUUAUUUGGAAACCACUGUGUUAAAGAGCAAUGCCAGGGGACAAGUCUGUAAACAGACAGGACAAAGAGAAAGGUUCCAUGUAUGUGACCCAACAUUCUAUUCAAAGGAUUUCCUUGGUAAGAGAGCCCAUGAAUAAAUAAGAUACUUUAAUAAUAAUGUUCAUAAACAUGGCAACUUGUAAUAAUAAAAAUUAUUAUUUGUAGGAGAGAAGAUAAUGUCUUUGAGAGAGACCCUCUUCCACCUGAACCUCCUGUUAAACGGGUGUGCACUAUCAGCCCUGCACCCAGGCACAGUCCGGCCUUGUCUCUGCCGCUUCUGAAUGCUACCAGCCAAUUCCACCCCACACCACCUCCUCUACAGCACUAUACUUUGGAAGAUAUACCUGGCUCACAACUGUACCGUGACAACAUGGGCAAAAUAGGAGACCACAGAGAUUUGAGAGAGCGUCACCAAAUCAUGGGUAUGAAGUAAAAGAGAGCUGUAAACAAAAUGGUAGUGAAUGUAAAUGAUGUAAAUGUAGCCCAAUGCAAUUUAUUUGUCCCCUGUUCACAGGUAUGAAUGGGAAUUUAAAUAAUAGCUUUCAAGAAGAGCUUGUGGAUCAUCGACUGACUGAGAGGGAGUGGGCUGAAGAAUGGAAGCAUUUGGAUCAUGUAAGUGUUUCUUCUCUUCUUCUCUUGUGCAAAUGUUUCAGCUUUAUUAAUUGUUAAACAUUAUAGCAACAUAUUGAUCAUGCAUUUAAAAUGAUCUGUUCCUGCUGAGCCAUUUUCUCAUGUAGACUCUAUAAUUAACAACAUGGCCACCCUCUCACAGGCGCUCAACUGCAUCAUGGAGAUGGUCGAAAAAACAAAGCGAUCCAUGGCUGUAUUACGAAGGUGUCAGGAAGUGGACAAGGAUGAACUUAACUACUUAAGGAGGAGAUGUAAUGAGUCUGCUGAGCUCAGGAAGGGAAGUGGCCACAACAGCAGACAACACAGUCCAACCAGCACAGACUCCGGAAGCAGUGGUGAGUCUUAUUGAAUUUAAAAUUCUGUAUAGUAAUUGGUCUUUUUGAACUCUGCUAUAUCAUUGAUGGAUAGCCUUUUGUACUACAGCUUUAAAUUGGUCUUUAUUUGCCUAUUUAUUUCCAUAUAUGUUUAUUUUUUUGUAAUUCUCCUUAGUUUAGGGAAACUUUAUCUUAAGUAGAGCAUGGUAUUUUGCAUUAAUUCGCAUUGGGCACCGUUUAGGCAACGUUGAGUUUCCAUUACCAAGCCACUUUACCUACAAUCCAUCAAUCAUAAAAAUUUGAUGGACUUGCCUUCCUGUGUCCCAGAUGUCCUCUCAUGAGGUCUGUUUCAGACUUCAAGAAACUGAAUGGGCCAAGUUUGUGACAAUCUUUGAGCUUGUUCAAAUCUUUAAAUGCACGCUCACAGAAGGGUAAACCACCAACAUCAUUGACAUUAACCGUUAAACAAGUCAAUGUAAUCUUCCUGCUUUUGCUCUUUUUCCCUCCUUUCAACUUUGUAGCAUUCAUAUACACCAGCAAACGGUUAUUUUCUCAAUAGAUGCUAUAUUGCUAUAUCUAGACUAUAAAUAUACACACACUCACACACUGUAACCCGGUUUUGCAGAUUCUCAGCGUGAUUUCGGCAGCAGAACAGGAGCAGGCUAUGUUACUGAUGAGAUCUGGAGGAAAGCAGGUACACGAUGUCUUCUAUCUUCUGGGGACAAAGCAGCCAGAGGUGUGAUAUGGCUGAGUGCGCUUAGUAGAGAGAAUAUAACAUAAUUAUGGGGAUAUCUUUCCAUAUCCGUAAUGAGGUGACAAUACAGCAGUAUUAAUGGUUUGGCAUAUGAAUACCAGACACCACUUCUAAAAUCAAUAUUAGUAGGGCCCCUAUAUCAUUAUUUCUUUUUUCUGUACUUUUACCAUUUACCUCUGUAAAUUACAUGCUAAGACAUGCAACUGAUUUCAGUUUUGUAAAUAAAUAUUUUUUUUAAUUAAAGGAAACCAAUAGUCCCAAAUAUACAGUAGUUUUUUUUUCAGGACUAUAUGCUCCCUUCUAUCAUUGUGACCACUGUCCACCCCACUUUUGCCAAUAAAAAAAAUAUAUAUAUUGUUAAAUAAAGAUUAGUAACCUCUUAUUCAGCACCCAAAUGAAGCCUCUGAAGAAAGUCAACAUGCCUUCUCCUAGAGAAGCAGUGGAUUGGAGAUAUGCAUGUGCAAGUAGACACAGUGCUCCUCCAAUUAAAUGUUGCUAGAAGCAGAAUUUGAUUGCAGGACCGAGUUUUGGUUCUAGGAGGCGGUAGCACCUCUAGCAGCUGUCUUCCUGACAGCCACUAGAUGUGUCAUUAUGUGUCAUUAAACCUUUAAUGUCGACAGUGCUACAAAAACAGCAAUGACUUGCAUAGAAGGGUUACAAUGGCAGGACAACUGCACCAAAACCACUUCAUUGAAAUUAAGUGUCUAGGUGACUUUAAUGGUUCCUUAAAAACUUUUAAAAUGCAAUAAAUGAGAAAUGUGAUAUUUCAAGGGAUAAUCUAUGCACCAGGGUGUGCCUAAUGUAGUAGUUCUGGUGUAAAGAGAUUGUCCCUGCAAACUCAGCAAGGCAAACUCUGAAGUAUCUGCAUGAAGACAUUGAACAUUCAAUGAGGAGAUGUUGAUUGGUGCAGCAUGACAAUUUUCAUGCAUGCACACUAGUCCAUGAAUAUUUCUCUAAAGCAUUGGAUAGGCUGACAUCAUCUGUAAUGAUGAUCUAAACCAGGGGAGGUUUUUCACCCACCUGCUAAUCAAUUCUUCUGCAUAGACUCUCUGCCAAUGAAUUGAUUAAUUCAAACCCACCCACAGGCAGUCCUUCUGCUCUCCAGCCAUAGCAACCACAGCACAUGCAAUGUGGUAGCUAGGGUAACUUCCUAGCUGGCACUGCUUGUGCUGGCUAUGGAGUUCAGGAACAGAGUGACUGACAUGACUCUGUUCAGACGCCAGCAUGCAGGCAACGAAGCCAGCAUGUCAGCAUCAUAGAAGAGGUUUGCACUCCUUGAGGAAUAGUCCCCAAGCAGGGCAAAUAAGUGAGCACGGACAGACCAGUGAUGGGUGUUGCAGAAGUGUAACAUCCACCUCGGUAAUAAGAUUGUGGUGGGGGAGCAGAGGGCCAGGUAAGUGGUGAUAGGUUCCCUAUAAAAGUUGAACAAUUUAAAGAUAAAAAACACUUUAAACUUAAUUUGUCACACAUGGAACUUAUUAGUCACUAAAGUACAAUACAUACAAUGUGUACACUAUCUUAAGUAGAUUUUAAAUGUUAUGUGGUUCAGCAGUUGAUUAUUUUUAAGUGCAUACUUCCCAACUCUUUUGUUUAGAACAUAUUUUCCAGCAUGCACCUUCUAGUUUUUUUUAUCUUUGAAAUAUAUCAGAACUGCUAAAAAAUUUUGAUGCUUUCCUGAUAAAAGUAGGAUUAUGUGGGUUUUAAAUACUCUUAAAUUCAGUCAUUUUUUUGAGAAAGAAACAAACGGUACGUUGUCCUAAAGCACCUCCACUAUACCCUUUAGAGUGCCAGAAGUUCGAGCUUCUGUUAUCUCUUCUGGACCGUAGUGGUUAUGGUGCUUAAAGUGUCCAUUUAAAGUAAAACAUUUUUUUUUUUAAUAUAUUAGAUAUUUUUUAUGGUCCCUUGCAGCUCACCUUUUUCCCGGGCCACAUAGACCUCCUUAUUUGGAAAUCUGGUUAUGCAAACAGUUUUUUGGUGGACGUUUGAAUGGCCUGCUAUAAAAAUAUAGUUAGUACAAUAUAAAAACACAAACCGGAAACCAGUUAAAAGGACAGGCUGCAAAAUAUUAUGGCUUUCUUGGCAUAUUAAUUACAGUAUAUCCGACAGGUUGUCCAGGGUUCCGUUUCAUAUUUAUUGUUUUAAUGAUAUUUAAAACUACUAAACUAUGUAUGCAGAAAUUAGAAGGUACAUUUUUUAAAUGUUAUGUUAUUAUUAAUAGAUAUAAAGUUGUUUUAGGUGAAGGAUCCAGAUCUGUGUUGAUAUACAUAGCAUAAUAUGGCAGUGUUAUUCCGCUGUGUGUAAACUGAAUUUCCUCGCUUUUUCUCUCAGAGGAGGCUGUCAAUGAGGUGAAGCGUCAGGCUAUGUCAGAGGUCCAGAAAGCGGUGUCUGAGGCUGAACAGAAAGCAUUUGAGAUGAUUGCAUCAGAGAGAGCCAGGAUGGAGCAGACUAUCGCGGAUGCCAAGCGGAGAGCUACAGAAGAUGCCUUUGUAGUGGUCAAUGAGCAGGAGGAAUCCACAGAGGUACACACUGCUCAGACCGUGAUUGACUAGGAUUAUGUCUUUUGUAGUUCAAACCCAUCUAGAGAACUAUCUGCCUAUGCCCCAGAUCAAGAGGAUAUCCAAUCACUCUAAACUUGCAGUCCAUAUUCAAAUAUAGCAGAAUGGAAAAAAAAAAAAGUUUUAAAUAACUUGGAAGUUUAUCAUUGGUGCUCAGUUGAGGAGAUCUAAUAUUGUUAGAUGUGGAUGCUGUAAAAGACUAGAUAAUUCAUAACCAUGUGAUGUGGAGAAACCAAUCAAGACUAGUUUCCAUAUAACAAAAUGCGUAUAAUCGCAGCAUGCAUGCUACCUUAUGUUGGUUUUCUUUUCCUGAGGUUUGUUUUUCAGGCGUUUUUCAGACCCAGACACAUUUCCUGCAGGGCUCUAUCUAUCCAGAUAAUAAAUAUUAACAAAAUUUCCAUUUGUACUGUUUGAAGCUGUGUUUAUGAACUAUAUAGGUAAAGGAACACCAUAGGGCCAGAAAUACACAUUAAAAACACUAUUUAGCCACCCAGGCCUCCCUUACCCCCUUAAAUAUAGUAAUUACUCACCUAAUUUCCAGUGCCGCACGGGUCUGCUGGCACAGGAUUCGCCCCUUUAGUGGACAUCAUCAGAAUGGAUAAUCUCAGCCAACCACAAUGAUUUCCCAUAGGAAAGCAUUGGAUUGGCUGAGAUCGUCAGUUCUGAUGAUCCCAGCCAAGGAGGAUGGCCUGUGGGUGGAGCCAAAUGCCACCAUGGCCAAUCAGCAUCUCCUCAUAGAGAAGCAUUGAAUAAAUGAAUCUCUAUGGGGAAAGUUCAGUGUCUCCAUGCAGAGCGUGGAGACCCAGUAAGCACCUCUGGUGGCUGUCCAUGGAGUGGACACUAGAGGUGUUUCUAGGCUGUGAUGUAAACACUGCCUUUUCUCUGAAAAGCUCAUAACAGCUGUAGUUGUUCUGGUGACUAUAGUAUCCCUUUAAGCCAACUCUUUCCUGUAUUUAUUUUUAUAUUGUGCAUGGGAAUUGCAUGACAGAAGAAGCAUAUUUUAUCAGUGUCUAGUAAUAUUGAUGGUUUAAUGUUAGUCACAUUGUAUUUUUUUUUUCCUUCUACAGAGUUGCUGGAAUUGUGGUCGUAAGGCGAGUGAGACCUGCAGUGGGUGUAACAUUGCUCGAUAUUGUGGCUCAUUCUGUCAGCACAAGGAUUGGGAGAAGCACCAUCGUAUCUGUGGGCAGAAUGUGCACAGUCAGGCCAAGCCUUUGACCCCUGUACGUUCUUUGAUUCCUAAACCCUCCGACCCGGUUCUGCUGAGUCCCACCUUGGAGAGGUCAUCAAGUGCAACAUCACGUUCUUCCACUCCAGCAUCCAUUACCGCGGUGGAAGGCCUGUAAACAAGGGCGCUGCUUAUCUGCGUUGUUUUGUCUCUUCAGAGGAUGAAUGUUAAAUGAAUAAAGUCCCGAGAUUAAUCUGUAGCUGACCCCAAAAAACAGAGGAGCAAAAUGGGUCUUAAAGAAACCAAACUGAGAAGCCUUUUGCCAACCAUGAUGAGAGUAACUUACCCAAAGGCAUACAGAAUAUUAUAAUAAACAAAGAAUAUACUUUCUGGUGACUUUGAAAAAACAUUUUUUUGGACUACAAUGGAUUCAUCUUAUUAUUAUCGAUUUAAAAGAAUGUUACAUUCUAUCAGCAUAAGUUGUGACGAUCAUACUAGCCUUUGGUUCUCUCCGCAAGGUUCUUCCUAUUCCCUUUCUCUGGGUCUGGAGAAAGAAAGGUUUUCAAAGCUGAAAAUGUUUGCUCUUAUACACAUAAACUAUAGACAUUACUAUUGUAAGAUGGCAACAACAAUCGCAACACAUCAAAUCACUUUGCAUGAUUUUUUUUUCCUUCUCUCCCUCACUUUACUGUAUUGUCACUCUACGUGUGUUUAUUUUUUUCUAUUUCAGUCUAUUCAAAGAGUGAUGGGUAGAUUCCUUGAUAUAUAGAAAAGAUUCUAAAAUCCCAGCACUCUACUAAAAACAGUAGAGUACUCCAAAAACAGGACUAAAAUCUUGUGAGGGGAAAAAGUAGACAGGGACACAUUAUUUUAAUAGAACGUAGCAUUUUAUAACCAAAAUGACCGUGUCAGGGUUAUUUUAGUAAUAUAAAAACAUGCAUUUUUACAGCAUAGAGGAAAUAUUAGUUGGAAAUUACAUUUUGUCAUUAAAUUCAUAGAAAAUAUUAUUUUGCUAUUUCAAUUUAAAUUAUAUUUCAGUGUGAUGGACAACUCCACAAUGUAGCACCACAAUAUAGAGGAAUAAUUAAUUUUGUGUCACUUCCUGCUACCUUGACAUAAUCUGGACCCUUGCACAAAUAAUGCACACCCUCCCUAAUUCUCAUCAUGUCCAAAGAAAAUACAAACAUAAGUAACAAAUUAUAUUUUAUUUGUUUACAGGACCCAAUGUUGGGGGAAGGAGGGGGAUCGGAGGGGGAGGUUGUAAUAGAAGUAGGGCCAGGCUGUUAAAUUGGUUUUCACCAUAAGCUUAACCCAAAACAAAAAUCCGUCAAGAGACACUAAUCUCCAAAGAUUAUCGUGUGCAAGUGGACUAUUUACACUGUGAAAGUACUUUAUAUAAUCUAUUACGUACCAGUUACGUACCAAAAAUCAUCAGUUUGACUCUUACCAGAACGUUUGUAGGAAUGAAGAUAUUUCACGGACAUUCCAGACUGCGUUAAAUCCACCAAACUAAAAAAGAUGGCUGCUGUGCUUCAUUACACCUAUGGUCCUUUAGGGCAUUUUUAAACCAGUAUCUUUAAUUUUCUAAAAUUGUCAAAAAUAAGCUACAUUCAAUAUUUGCAUCCUGUACAGAUAAGCUAAGCAUUUGUUACAGAGUUUACUCAAUAAAUGGCAUUUAACCAGUACCGUAUCUGAUCUCAUUAAAAUAUCUGGG